GUGUGCGGCGAGCCGGGCGCCGCUUGCUCAGCCAAUGGGAGAAGGCUGGGCUAGGCACCGGUGUGGGCGUGUCUCCAGGCUGGGAGAGGGGAGGGGACAGGGAGGUUAGUUUGGCGCCCGGGACCGGCGGGUAGUGUGUGUUAGUGUUAGGGGGGGGUCACUGCAGGCGGAGGGAACGGCGGAGGAGGAGGAAGUAGAAACGGAGGACCGUCAAGUCGCGCACACGGUAAUAGCGGUUGGUUGUGGUGUGCAUGGCUGGGAUAUGGGCUAUCGGUGAGUGCAGACGAGGACAAAGGGGCUGCCCCCGGCAGUGGAGGAGGAGGGGCUCCCAGGCUCUGUGAAUGGGGGUCUGCAGGUACAGGGGCACCUUGGGUAAUGCUCCUCCAGGGAGUUAGAAUGGAGAGUGUGAGUGAGAGAGUGAGUGAGUGAGUGUUAUACAGGACCUGCUGCAUUGCUCCCCCGGGCAAUGUGUGCUUGUAUGUCUCUAGUUCAGGGCUGGGUGAAUGGCUGUGUGACUGGCUGUGUGGGCUUUGGGUGUAGAGCAUAAUGUGUGCAUUUCCCGAUCAUACUGCUCACUGAGGAUCUGUGCGUAGGAAGUGAAGAACAAAAAAAAAAAGUGUAAUACUUUCGGUACAAGCACCCCAUGAUAAUGUGUGUUCUCUUGGCAAGGUGUUCCCUUGCUAUUCAUUUAAUAGAAUCAUAAAUAACUAUUGGUGGGCUGAUUUGGCAGUGGAGCUUACUCUUAUUUGAAAUUAACAUAUAGCUUAAAAAACAAUAUGGUGGCACGACUACUUGCUAAGAGAGGUCACCAGGAAUUGGAUAUAGAUUCUAGUAUGUAGUGAAACUUAAAUGCUUACACUGACUUCCCCCUCCCCUAGAAAAUCAACACUUGCAAUGUUGAUGAGCAUAAAUUUGAACAAGUCACUCAUACAUAGCAAAACUUAGAUUGUUUCAUUGUAUCCUCUUCACAAGGUUUAAGGAUUUAUAUUUUAAUGUAUUUGUUUUUCUUUUUUUCCUGCAUAGCAUAACUUCAUAAAAGUAACCAAACCUACACAUUUUUAACAGGUUUAUUAACGUGAAUUUUGUAAGUCUGUUAAUAGUUAAAGUAACUAUAUAUUUGUCUUCCUCCUUUUGUUUUUAAACUUUACGGGUUUUUUUCUACUGAAGGUUUGACAGGUGCGAUUCUUGUAGAUGUUAAUUGUCCUUUUUAAAACUUUUCAGUAAACCAUAUUGUGUUAAAUAAGCUUUUUCUAAAAUAGGAACAGUCUAAACACAAACAUUAUUAAAAUUGAAAUAUGACAUGUUUGCAAUACUUUUGCUCUUAUUACAAGGUUAUAGUAAUAUGGCUCAUUGAAUAUACUAUGAUCUGUUAAAUGCUUUUUGGUGGGAAAUAGAAGGGUAAUGACUCUUAAACUCUAAGCUACUGAUAUAAUUUUGUGGCACUCAUAAUACUGCCACACUUCCUCUUCACUUGCAACAAUAUUUUUGGGGGGUCUUCAUGAUAUUUCAGUGGAUCACCAAUUGGUGCAACUGUCAAAGCAUUUUUUUUGAAGCCCCAGGUAAUUGCCCAAGUUAAAUAGUUUAAAGAAUCCCUAUGAACACUGCAGCUCAUUGUAGUGGUUUUGGUACUAUGAGUUCCCUGGCACCAUCCCAGCUUGAUCUUUCAAACCAUAUUAGUUCUUUCUUCAUGUUCAGAAGAAUGCCAUGGGUUAUUGGUUUUUCUUUUCAGUCUUUAGCGGUACUGUCACUUGUAGAACUGUCAAGGUGACAUGUCUGCCUUUAUGGUGACUUCUCGCAGGAGAUUGGCAAGGCAUGUUCUAUCACUCUAUCUUCAUCUCAUUGGUCUGGAUCCAAUGUUACUGGUUUAUUCUUAUGUUGCUAUUGUGGUGGUCAAAGCUGCCUCUUCACUUUUAUUUUUUUUGCCACAUCCAAUCCAGGUUGAGUUUUUUUAAUGAGUGGUCAUUAUGGAAAAACUCAUAAGUGUCAGUGCUGCCUUACAAUUAAAGGCAUACUAUAGUCACCAGAAAAUAUUUAGCUUACUGAAGUAGUUUUGUUGUAUAGAUAAUGUCCCUGCAGUCUCCCUACUUAAUUAUUUGCCUUUUUUUAGUAAUUAAAUCACUUUGAUAAUGCAGCCUUAGUCACACCUCCCUGCAUGUAACUUACACAUCUUUCCUAAACACCUCCUGUAAAGAGUCUUCCUCCCUUAUAGCAAAAUCUGUUUAAUUUAGAAUUUAUCUCCUGCACUGUUAAUACCUUGUUAUACCCUGGAGUAGCUUUCUGUAAAGUUCAAUUUAGAUUAAAAACUUCUAAAGUAAGUUACAUUUAAUUGCAAAUGAAACCAGAUUUUUUUUUUUUUUGCACCCAUGGGAGAUGUGGCUAGGCCUGCAUUAACAAAAACAGUGAUUUAAACUAAAUGACAGUGAACUGAGCAAUGAUACUGCAGGGGCCUGAUCUCUAAUUUGUGCUAAUAUGAUUAUAUAAUACAAGGUAUACUAUAUAGAAACUAGUACAUAAAGCUGGAAUAAAAAAAAAGUCCUCUGAUUUUUACUAGUCGGCACAAUCCUCCAGACCAGAAGUCUCUCUUCCUGGCAAAAAUAUUAGUUACUUGCAUCAAGUCUGGGUGUUGUGUCCCAAGGUGCACAAUAUGUGGAAGCAAAAAAAAAAAAAAUAGGGAUGCAAUAGUGUAGAAUGUGCUGAUAUGGGAGUAAAUAAUAGGAAUAAAGGAAUGCACUUACUUUAUAUAUUAGUCAUCUCUACUUGUUAUGCUUGAGCAGUACCAUCCUUGAUUGUGGAUGCUUGAGUUGGGAGUCCUGUUGUAAUGGAUCCCCAGCAUAUUAAAAACACGGGAGAUGCUCUAUAGCAGUGAUGGCAAACCCACAGCUGGCACACCGAGCACUUUGGUCAGCAGCAUUUGGCCCCCCAGCGGCAAUGCAUAGUAGCAGGGCCAAUCCUGUGCGGGUGCACCACACCUGUGUGCCAGAAGGUGGGGGGCAGUGGAGUUGUGGGGGUCAGUGGGAGCCAAUACCCCCUCCAAAUAUGCUGUCAUGUGGUAGUGCGCUAGGUGUGAGGGUCUCCUCAUGCUCUCUCUUGGCGCUGAGCAACUACUUGAAAUAUGCUGCUCAGCGCCGAGUGUCAGCCUGCCUGAUGCGCACCACUUGCAGAUGGGAUGUGUAUGGCCAGCAGGGGAGCUCCAUGUGAGCACUCCCUGUAUAGCACCCCUGUAGAGACCCCAGGAGCAGGAAUGUGAUGUCAUUCCGGCCCAGGAUGCACAAGGGAGCUAUACAGGGAGUGCUCAUAUUGAUCAGAGCUCCAUCAGAGGUGCACAGCAGCAGCCCACACUGGACACCAGGGAACUGUAAAUCCGCCCUAGUGCUCCUACAGGUAAGGAGACUGGGUGGCAAAAAAAAGUGAAUAAAAAAAAAAAAAGUUAUCAGGGUUAAUUGCCGUGUUGGCACUUUGAGGGAAAAAAGUUGGUUUGUAUUGCGGUUUGGAAACUCUGGCUCAAAAAUGUUCGCCAUCACUGCUCUAUAGUAAAGAAAGUUCACAACUAGUAAAGAGAUAAUCAGAGUAGGUAUCUUAUUCGUACAUGAGGCCAAAUUUUUUUAUAUGUAGACAUUUGAAAUUUGCGGGUAAUUAAUGUCUGCAUCACAUGAUCAUAUGUUAUUGUCAUAAAGUGCCAAAACAUACAUAGCUAUAUAGUAUGACAUAUACACAAUUAAAAUACUUUUAUAAUAACUUUUUUUUAUUUAUUUUUUAAACGUCACAAAAAAGUGAUCGAAACACAUGAUAAUCAUAAACUGGUGAAAAAGUCAUCCCGAAGUGCAAAGCCACAGGCUGCACAGCAUAUGGUGACUAUCCAGAUAGGGUUAUUGUGGAAUCAAGGACAAAACAGAUAAGGCCUCAUGGCCGAAUGUAUCUGUUUUUGUCUUUGUGCAGCCUAUGACCCUUCACUUUUUGGUGCAUUUUGGAUGUUAGCAGACCUCUACCACAGUGCUCUGUUACAUUGCCAAUGUGUGCAACACUUCACUACUGGCCUGGUGAAAAAAAUCACGUUAAGCUGCAAUAUACAACAUAUACCUUGGAGUGUCAACCUACACAAAUGUUAGCCCUUUGUGGGGUAACUUGAACAGUCAAAUGGCUAUAAUGCCCCAGAAUGAGACACAGGCCCAUCAUAUUCUUCUAUCAAGAUUUUAAUUGUAAAAAAUGUAAAAGUGGUCUGGACUUAUCUGGCACUUUAGCUUCAAAGAUUGUGGCAAAGGCAUUGGGGGGUACUGUAGUAGUCCAUAGAUAUAGCUGAGCACAAAAUAAGGUUUUGUACUGGAGUUGUAAACAUCAGUUUUACAAACUACACAUUAACAUUCCUUGUAUGUCAAAACCUCAAGGAAAAAAAAAAACUAUUUUACUACAAUAUUUAGCAGUGAUUCACAGUCUGUCAGUGUAAAGUGUCAAAAUACCCUUUUUUGUAAAUACUUUGAUGUAUAUUUUAUGUAAAUAGUUACACCUGUGUGGCCAUUUUGUUUCUGUGAUGCUAUUAACACAAGAUCAAUCGUUUGCUGUGUGCUUGCGCUGGCUGUAUGUCAGUGUUUGAAAAUACCAGGUCGCCAUGGCGCCUGGGAAUUUGUCAGCCUAUUCCUCCUCUCUAUCCCUGUGUAGCUCUCCGCGCACUGGGAAUAAAUGAAGGGAACUUUUAUUACUUCUGCCUGGCGUUGAGGCCGCGCAUGGAAAAGGACAAGCUGGCAGGGCACCAGGUAAAGACGUCUCUGCUUGCCCCACGCCUUCAUUACAUACAGCAGCCUGCCCAUUUCCUGGUGCAGACCUGGAGCACAGAGAGCUGCAUGGGCUUAGAGAGAAAGGAGGGGAGGGGGUGUCUGGACCAGCGACAGCCCACUCCCAUCAGCCGCAGCCAACCCCAUUAACUUUAAUGUCACCUGCUGUUGCCACCCUCCGUGCCCAAAAGGUAGAAAACAAGAGUGUAGCCAAAAAAUUUGUAUUUUUAGGUGUGUAUUUGUUGUCUGUAUUUCUAUUUGUCUACAUGUAUCUAUGAAUGUUUGUGUGUCAAAUAAAAACAAAAUACUUCUAGUGUGUGAAAGCAUGUCUGUCAAGUUAGUGUGUGUUUAGUUAGCCAGCCUUCCUCCAAUUGCAUGGGAAUGAUGUUUUAAUUUGCCUUUUUUCCCAACACUGUGCUUAUCUCGCUGUGGCUGGUCCGCCUCCAAGACUGAGAUUAUCAAUCUUGAAGCUCUCAGCCAAUCCAAUGCUUUCCCUCAGGAAAGCAUUGGAAGCUAUUGAGCCCGUGUGGCAAUAUGCUGCACCAGUUGGCAUCUCCCCAUGGAGAUUAAUUGAAACAAUGCAUCUUUAAGGGAAAAGUUUGGCACCUUCAUGCCAUGUAUAAAACACAAUAGGACAGGAGAUGGCAAUUCAAUAAGGUGGGUGUGAAGCAGAGCUGGAGGAGAGAGAAGAGUGCAGCUCUUAGGAGAGAGCAAGGGACAAUAAUAUGACUUAGAGGUUACUCUGGGAGGCCAUAAGCUUUCCUAAAGAGAUUUGGUUUUAAGGCACUUUUUAAACUAUUGAAGACUAGGGGAGAGUCUGAUGGCGGUAGGCAAGCUAUUCCAUAGGAAGGGAAUCGCCCGCAAGAAGCCCUGCAAGCGAGAGUUGGCCGUAUGGGUGCGAGCAGCAGGCAGGAGAAUUUCAUGGGCAGAGUGGAUCUGUAAAGAGUUAUAAGCAGGGCUGGAAUUGUUCAAUGCUUUAUAUCGGUAUUGAUUAGUACUUUAAAUUAACUCCUAUAGGAUACAGGAAGCCAAUGUAAGGACUGAUAGAGGGGUGAGAUGGGAGAGCACCGACUGGAGAUGAAAAUCAAACUGGCAGCAGCAUUCAUUACAGACUGGUUAUCCCAAAAACUACAUUGUCCCGCUACAAUUAGGAGAAGGUUACAAUAAUCUAUGCAAGACAUUACUAGAGCAUGGACAAGCUCCUUGGUAGCAUCUUGCGUAAGAAAGGGGCGAAUGCGGGCUAUGUUUAGUGGUUAUUUGAGUGACUGCCACUAGAGGUGUUACUAGGCAGUAAUGUAAACACUGCCUUUUAACUAAAAAGGCAGUGUUUACAUUGAAAAGCCUGCAGGGACAGGCUAUAGACACCAGAUUAUCUACAUUAAAUUGUAGUGGUUCUUGUGACUGUGUUCCUUUAAUAAUGGUAUAUUUGCUGUUGAAAAUAAAGCUUUGGUAGUAUAUUUAUAUUUUUGCUGUCCAUUAGAUUCAAAGAGAAAUUGUCAAGCCCUGUUGUAUGUUGUGUGUGCUGGUUUUAUGUGGCUGUGAUGCACUGAUACAAAUACACAGCACCUAUCCACCAACACACACUGACCCAUACACACAAACUACACAUUCUCUGACAUGCACAGAUUACCAGCAGCUUGUCCCAUGUUGUCUUUGUAUUUUACAUCAUGUUGGCCUCCGGGAUAAGACGUCACUCUCAUUCUUAGCAGCCAUUAGUCUUGAGCCAGUCUGACCCUGCACAUGCCACAGAAACACUUACUGACUGGCAUUAUUCCCCCAAGACAGCGACCGGACUAAAAGAAAAAAAAAAUCGUCCUGCCUGGCGCCUGGAACUGCAUGUCCCAGUCGUCGGGCGUUAUUUAAACUCCAUAUCCCUAUGCAGUGAUGUAAAGUUGUGAUGGUGCCUAGAACUGACCCUUUUAGUUGGGUCCUGAAAGAAAAAAUUCCGAAUAGUCAGAUUAAUUUUCAUUUUCUUUUCUUUAACAUGAAUGCAAAGGUAGAUGUUAAUCAAGCAAGACAAUUAGGCAGUGAAAUAUAGAAUUGAAAUGUGCAGGUUUAGCAUUUAGUCAGAUCAGGAAAGCUGGGUGUGCCCCAAUGAAACAUGGAUGUCUAGGCUUGAAAGAGAGGGGUAAAAUGUCAGUUGCUUUUUUUGGGUUUUAAAUAGUUUUGGGGUUUUUUCUAUUAUUCAUUUUUGUGUCAAAGAAGAGAGAAACAAUGUGUUUCAGUGAACAAAUUAUACUAAUAAGCGUUUCCAAACCUCACAGUUUACAGUGUAUUUGUGAUUGUAUGCUCUCUUUGAUGAUUUACCAAUUUCAAUGAUUUAAAUCUUUAAAACUUUACAUUAACAUGGACAUAUUUUAGAUUAUGGUCAUAGGGUCAAGGUCACUCCAUCGCGGAGUCAAAGGUUGUUGUGGACAAGGGAGGUGUCCAUUUUGUUUAAAUUUUUUUUGUUAUUUUAGUCAGUCAUAUAGUCAAGAUCUCCGAUUUAUUUAUAUAUGUACUCCAGGGUUGCCAAACCACUUCGUAUCUAUCCAUCAUAGAGUUGAGCACAUAAAAAAUAUUUUUUCAUAUCAAACUGAUUAAGCUAUGAUUUCGUUCCAAUGGGGAAUUUCUGUUUAAUGCCAGUACCUAGUGAAGAUCUUAAAUGCCAAGAGAAAAUUUGAGAAUGAGGUUUUUAGGUUUGGUCAGUCUCGGCAUAUCCAUAUGGAAUAAGAACUGCGGAGUAACCAAUAUUUUAAUACCAAAGACAUUCCAAAUUAAAGAGUGAAAGUUAAGUUUUAUCUUUUCAAGACCUUCACAUUCCCACCAUAUAUGAAGCAUAUUACCCUGGUGUUUACAUUUUCAACAUGUUUCUGACUUGGAUACAUUGAUUUUAUGCAUCCUUGUAGGGACCAUAUACCAUCUGUGAAUUAUCUUUAAAUGCACUUGCAACAAAUUAACAGAAUGUAUUGAUUUUCUUGUAGUGGACCAGGCUUUAUACUAUUUAUCAUCUGUAAUUGUUUCCCCUAAAUCAGUGUCCCAUUUGAUCAGUGAGGAUGCUCUAACUACUUCUGAGACUGUAUCCAUUAGUUUAAUAACUCUAGAUACUAGGUUAUAGUGAUUUGCUAUAAAAUUGUCUAAAAAGGAAUUCUCAAUAAUAGAGCUUUUCUUCAAAAAGUUUUAGUCUUAAGUAUGUUAAAAGAUUAUUUAUUAGAUAGAUUGUAUCUAUCCUGAAUAUCAGUAAAGUUCAUGAUCCCAACUGGUGAGUUGAAAUCGACGGGAAUCUUAAUCCCAUUAUUUUUCCAUGGAGUUUGGUUACAUUUUAUGGUUUCUCUCUUCAAUGCAAAAUAUACAUAAUUUUUUUUUCUUCUUUUUUUCCUUUGUGCUUAUAAAUUUUGUCAAAUUGCAGAACAGAAAUGUACACUAAUUUCAUUUUCUUUUCUUUAACAUGAAUGCAAAGGUAGAUGUUAAUCAAGCCAGACAAUUAGGCAGUGAAAUAUAGAAUUGAAAUGUGCAGGUUUAGCAUUUAGUCAGAUCAGGAAAGCUGGGUGUGCCCCAAUGAAACAUGGAUGUCUAGGCUUGAAAGAGAGGGGUAAAAUGUCAGUUGCUUUUUUUUCUACUUGCUUUGCUGUGUUCUGUCUGAUAUUACAUAUUUUGAAACAUGGUGGGGGUGUAUUUAAUUUUUUAUUACACUUUUAGUUGCAUAAUACAACAGUUAUGAAAAAUAUAUAUAUUUAUAUAGUCACCAGAACAACUACAACUUUUUUUUUUUUUUUUUUUCUUGUUAGUAUAAUCCGUCCCUUCAGGGUCUUUUUUUCAGUAAACACUGUCCUUUCAGAGAAAAUGCAGUGUCUACAUUACUGCCUAUGGAAUACUCCACUGGCAACUCCUCAGACGGCUGCUCGAGAUGCUUCCUGGGACAGUGCUGCACACCCUCUGCAUGGAGACACUGAACUUUCCUCAGAGGUGCAUUGAUUCAAUACAUUUCUAUGAGGAAAUGCUGUUUGCCAGGGCUGUGUUUGGCUCUGCUCCUGAUCUGUCUCCUUGACCAGCUCAGCCAAUCCUAUGGGAAAGCAUUGUGAUUGGCUUAGAACAUCUGAUGUUAACCAAGUAGGCAGAUCAGGGGUAGAGGCAGUAGCUGCAGACUUGAAUAAAAGUAAGAUUUUAUAAUAUUCAGGGGGGCUAGAUGUUUAGGAUACAUGUUUGUGUUCCUUUACAAAACUGUAGACUCUCAAAGGUUGUUCCUAUGAAAAAGAUAUUUGUUUAGUUCAGGGCUUGACAAAUACCAGGCAUCAGGUUGUCAUGGUGACCAGAAAAUGUUGUCCUGUGGUUUAUGAGCCUGUUCAGCCCCCAAGGUGACUAGCUGCUUGAGAGCAGAGGCAGGCAGGCGGCUGACGGAGGGUUUGGGGCGGCCGGCUCAUUUAUUGCUGAGGGAGGCGGCUGUAGUCUCCCUGCUCUGCUCCCUCACAAACCUUGCAGUGAUGCUGGGAACAGUGCGAGAGGGAGCUGAGCAGGGAGAUGACAGCAGCCCCACUGGACCCCAAGGAAAGCCUAUCCACCCCAGCUCUCCAAGGGUAGGGAGACUGGGUGGAUUUAAAUUAUUUUUUUUAAAGUCAUUAUGUGAGUGUGUCGGUCAGUGAGUGUUACCUCCAACCACAUGGGAAAAGAUGUUUUUACUCACCUUUUUAUCCCAUGCCGUGCUGAUGAUGCCACGGCUGGCCCCACCUACAUGGCUGAGAUCAUCAGUCCCAUAGGAAAGCAUUGCGAGACUAUUGCGCAUGCACGGCAAUGCCACUGCGCCAAUUUAACUUCUCAUAGAGAUGCAUUGAAUCAAUGCAUCCCUAUAGGGAACAUUAACGUAGGUACUGCACAGUGUGAAGCACUUGCCCAGGAAAAACCUCUAGAGUCCGUCUGAGUGACUGUCGCUUAUGGUGUCACCAGGCAGCAAUGUAAACACUGCCUUUUGUUAGUUUACAUUAAAAAGUGUUCAGGGACAGGAUAUAGACUUUAGAACAACUACAUUAAGCUGUAGUGGCUCUGGUGACUAUAGUGUCUCUUUAAGAAUUGUAUUUUUGGCGUUGAUUUCUCCGGCUCCUAGAUUCCAAGCGAAUUUGUCAAGGCUUGGUUUAGUUGACAUGCUGUCCACCUGUAUGCUGGCCAUGUAGCGCUUCCAAAGCUGUGAUGUGCUUUAUAGGUGUAUAAAACUUUGUUCCGAUCAGAUGUGUAACAAUCCUACACUAUACAGCAUUCUUAAAGGGACAUUCCAGACCCUUCUAAAACACUUAAGAGGUUACUCCAACUGCCGUAAACACAUCAGUGAUUUGAUGUGAUCAUGUUGGUAGGAGUCAAUGUGCAGUAUUUCUGAUUCACACACUGCACAUCCAGACUAAUUCUUAAUUGUGUACUGGGGGCUAGUUGCACACCCAACAAACGUUAAAUCUGAUCAGUGUACGUACACACAAACUUGCAUAUAUUAAAGUUCUACUGAAAUAACCAUACUAUAUCUGUCAUGAUAGGUUAACUUUAACACCCUUAUUGGCUAAUACACUUUAAACUUCAUUGUCAUUCUGCAUACUAGACUAUAAAAAUCUAGCACUACUUAGCUGAUAUGAGAGGUGGGAUAAAGCUGCCAUUUUACCUCCAAAUCUAUAAAACAUAAGUGUAACUGAAAUUUUUUUAUGUCUGUAGCAGUGUGUGCGCUGUCUAGUGCAAAAUUAGUUCUUUCCUACAUUUCUCUUAAUAAAAAUGGAAGAGGAAAGAGUUUAGUGGUGUUCCUUUCUAUAGGUGGAAAUGUAACUAUUGACUCGUUGUCACAGGAAACUGAUGACUUCACAGGUUAAUCGGACUUUCCUUCUCAUUCAUAUGAGUAGAUACUUCAUCUAGAAAUACAUUAAGGCUUUUGGGAUUUCCCAUGACAAAACGUUGAGUAUUUCAUAUUGCAGUCAAUGUGGAAAGUUGCUUCAACAUUUAUUUUAUUGUAUUUUUUUUUCAUUGAAUGAACAUUUGAAAAUAGCAUAUGUGCUAGGUGAGGUGUUGCUUGCCUCUAUACAAUACAUGUUUAAAGGGAUAUUCCAUUCCCUUAAUGUACUUCACUGUGCUUGUGUGUUAAGGGUUAACACACUCUCCCCUCCAUUUGUCUCUUUAAAAGUUCCAAUUAAUAGAAAUUUGUAGUUUAAAGAGAUACUCUAAGCACCAAGACUACUUUAAGUGAAGAAUAAAAAGUUGUUGUUUUUUCUGGAUUGUGUGGUAGGUUUGAAAUAAAACUUAAAGGGACACUAUAGUCACCCAGACCACUUCAGCUCAAUGAAGUCGUCUGGGUGCCAGGUCCCUCAAGUUUUAACCCUUCAGAUGCAAACAUAGCAGUUUCAGAGAAACUAUGUUUACAUUUGGGGUUAAGCCAGCCUCUAGUGGCUGUCUUCUGGACAGCCACUAGAGGCGCAUCUUCGACGCUGGAGGCACAUUAUGCCUCCAUCGCGCAGAGCGUCCAUAGGAAAGCAUUGAGAAAUGCUUUCCUAUGGACACUUUGAAUGCGUGUGCGGCACUUCCCGCGCGUGCGCAUUUCGGAUCCUCUGACGGCCGGGGGAGGAGAGGUCACCAGCGCCGAGGGAGCCCGGGUGCUGGAAUAAGGUAAGCUGCUGAAGGGGUUUUAACGUUUAAAUUAACCCCUUUUAAUUCCUUCAGCACCACGGGAGGGGGACCCUGAGGGUGGGGGAACCCUCCGGGCACUAUAGUGUCAGGAAAACCGCUUUGUUUUCCUGACACUAUAGUGCUCCUUUAACUUUUAAUAUUUUACACAUAAAGUCAAUCAAACAUACAGAAUGUUUCCAAAGAAACAGGAUAAUAGAGGAAAAGAGAAACAAAAAAGCCAAUAACUAAAGUUAUCUACAAGUACAUGCAGAGAUAAAAGUGCCCUCUAACAUAUACUACAGAUUCAGAGCCAAGAACAGCAUUAGCUGUUAAACACAGGAUAGUCAAAUAGUAUCCAAAGUCACAAAAGAGCAACAAAGUUUCUACCACCUUAUUUCACUAUAAAACCCUUUAGGAUAAGAAAGUAUUGCUGAAGAAACUAGGUUUGCUCAAAAAUGAAGGAUUAUUUACUAAACUGUGUUAUAUAUUAAUAGCUCUAAACCCUGUUCUGUGUCACAGCAUGUAGAGGCCAUGGAGCUACUGAUCUGAGCACACGCACAUUGGGGCUCGGUUCUGUUCUUUGCUUGGAGAGAUGCACGGAUCCCGGCAUAACUUAUCCAGAACUUCACCUUGGUAUUCUGACCGAUUUUAUAAUGACCUUCUAACCAACCAAAUCACAGACUGCUCUUUAGCUUUUUAUCAGUUAGCUACUUAGACACUUUUGUUCAAGUGUUUAGGAAGGCACAGUUUAGCUAUCGGUGAUUUGUUUAUUUUUAGUUUUCAAUAUAACAUUUCUCUGUUAGGAUUUCUCAAAUAUUCCUAGCUAGCAGUUAAUACAGAUCAGUAGCCUGUUGAUUUCAAGUGUUUGGUUUCUGGUUUUAAUAGCCUUGACUGGGGGAAAAAAAAAGCAUAAUCAAAGAUUAUAAAUUUAAACAAAAACAAACCCUAGACAAACCACAACAUGUGGGUUGGGUCAGAUUUUCCCAUGGAUAUAUUCAUGAUUUUAAAUUACUCCUCCAUAAGUGAAAACCUCUUAGAGGGAAAUAUUGUCUUGUGCUGAUUAUUCAAUUAGUCUUGAAAUUUCCAUGGACAAAUGAGAAACUCUCUCUUAAUAAGAGGACAGUGAUUUAUUUUUAUUCUGUUACUAAAAAUGGUGUGUGUGUGUGUGUGUGUGUGUGUACACACACAGUGCAUUCAGAAAUUAUUUAGACUACUUCAUUUUAUAUGUUGCAGUCUUGUUCUGUAAUUGUUUAAAUUCUAUUGGCAAAGUAAAAAAACAUUUUUUUUAAACUUUGCUACAUUGUUAGAAAGAAAGAAAACCUGAAAUAUAACAUGAGUAAUUAUAUCACUUCCUGUGCCUUUUGAAAUUUAGCUCUGAUGCAUCACAUUUUUUUGUGGAGGAUUUUUCACCUGUGCACAUUCAAUUGAUUGGACAUGGUUUAAGGUACCAUAGUUGUAAAUGCAUAUCAGAGCAAAAACAGAGCCUUGAGGCCAAAUGUUGGUUGCAUUAAAGUUUCACAGGAGCCCAGUGGCACCUAUAAAUCUUAGACAUAGGAAGUGUGUAACAGCAAGAAUUCUUGCUACAGUUGUUGACAAGGCCAUACUGAGCAAUCUGGGGAGUAGGGCCAUGCUAAGAGAAGUGAUCAAGAACCUGAUGGUUACUCUGAGUGAUCUCCAGAGACCUGCUGAAGGACAACCAUCACUCAACCGAUUAGUUUGUCAGGCUGGCCACACAAUCCUUUUCUCACUACAAAAAUCAUGAAAGUGGGAGGUAGUGUUAUACUUUCUGUGUGUUUUUUCGCUGCAUGGGCUAGGAGACUGGUCAGGGUCUGGGAAAGCUGAACGCAGGAACAUAAAGAAGAAGAUAUCCUUAACGAAAACCUGGUACACACUGCUCCAGACCUCAGACGAUGUUUCACCUUUCAAAAGGACAAUGAAACUAAACACACACAGGCUUAAAGGACCACUAUAGUGCCAGGAAAACAUACUCGUUUUCCUGGCACUAUAGUGCCCUGAGGGUGCCCCCACCCUCAGGGUCUCCCUCCUGCCGGGCUCUGGGGAGAGGAAUAGGUUAAACUUACUUCUUUCUCCAGCGCUGGGCGCUUACCUCUUUCUCCUCUUCGGCUGAAUGCGCAUGCGCGGCAGGAGCUGCGCGCACAUUCAGCCAGUCUCAUAGGAAAGCAUUCAUAAUGCUUUCCUAUGGACGCUUGCAUCUUCUCACUGUGAUUUUCACAGUGAGAAGCACGCAAGCGCCUCUAGCGGCUGUCAAUGAGACAGCCACUAGAGGCUGGAUUAACCUAUUUAUAAACAUAGCAGUUUCUCUGAAACUGCUAUGUUUAUAUAAAAAAAGGGGUUAACCCUAGCUGGACCUGGCACCCAGACCACUUCAUUAAGCUGAAGUGGUCUGGGUGCCUAUAGUGGUCCAUUAAUGAUAUCUCUGUGAAAUAUUUGAUUUCCUUUUCAAAGAUUAUGGAACAUCUCAUGAAAAUGGGCUAGCACAAGAUAUUCAGUGGUGUAAAUUCCAGAGAAGUGACAGGGGACUUGACCAUCCUAAGAUAUUUCAUUGUAUGGAAAAUAGAAAUAAAUGGCGAAAUAACUAAAUAGCUAAAUCUUUAAUAUACAUCUUAAAAGAAAAUUGGGAAAUGUGUUUUUACAUGUUAAAGGCAACUUCAUUAUUUAUUUGAGUGGGUUAACUCCCAGAGACCCCAUUUAAAAAUAAAAUGAAAAAUUUCUUUUUUACAAAAAUGCUUGGUCAUGCUGCUUUUCAGAACCAUUGCUCAAGUGUGUUGAUUUGUAUACAUAAAUAAUACAUGCAUCAACUUUAAACUCUAGAGUGGAAUAAAAUUAACCAAUUGCAAAUAAAAUUGUAAGGGAAAGAAAUCAAACUGGAAAAAAAAAACAAUUUCUAGUUGUAUAACAUGUGGCAAAAAUAAGCACUUCUAAGCCAACUAGUGUAAGUAGCAUUAACCUUCAGACUAUAUGGUGUACAAUAUAGGUAAUAACCAAGGUUAAAUAACUCCUCACUUGUAGAGAAUAAUGGUACGUUUGUCUGUUGUGCGUCUAUUAACUAGCAUACAUAAAAUAUCUCCUGUCUCCCUCCAUUUCAAAGUAAGGAUACAUUUAGAAAAACACUAUAGUUAAUCUAGAAAGUUGAUUCUAUAUAGCAUGAAUGUUUCAGUGCAUUUAUUGGCUUCCCUCUGGCAAAGGAGUACAUUUUAGGUCCUGUUGUGUUUUACAGCAGUAUCCUGCUCCGGAAGGAAAUAUGGGAGUGGAAAUUAUUUCUCACAGACAAAUCGUUGUCUCCCAAAAUGUUUGUACAUAUAAUUUUAUAGGACCCUUCCAUAAAUAUGGAGUCUGCCAUGUGCAGAUUGAGUGCCUUACUAAAAUACUGAUGACCUUUUAUUUUCUAAAUCCACUUGAGUAAUUACUCCUUCAAUGGGGGCAAAAAGUCACGUUUUUAGUCCAGCACUGCUUCCAUGGGUUCAGAGGAUUUUAGUGGAAUGUUUGGUUUUGUUUUGUUUAAGUCAUCCAGUGCUAGCUACUUCUUAACCAAUUCAGCUGAAUUGUAUAAAUGUGUUUUCUGAUCAACCCGCUAUGUGACCUGGAUACAAUAUCUAUUUUUACACGAUUCUCUCCCGCUGCAGAAGCAGUGAACAACUGUCUUUAUCUGGAUAUAUCUGCUUUCAGACUAUAUGAGAAUCUGAUUUGCUUUCUAGAGCAAAGCAGGUCCAUGCAGAACCCUGCUUCAGCAAUUCUUUAUUCUACAGGGACAUUCAGUUUGGGUGCUUGGUGAGACGUGGGUAAGUUGUCAAACUGUACUAAAAGGGUUUGACAUCUUGCCAUGGGACUGUGCAGUGGCACCAUAAACACUAAAGCAGGAUGUAGCAGUUAUGGUGCUUGUAGUUUUCCUUUAAGUAUUUUAAAUAAGUAUUUUUUUUUAUUUGUAUUGAAUAUAUUAAGUUCAAAGCAUCAUGGUAGUGCCAUGCAACAGUUUGCAAUCUCUUUUGUCCACAAGCAUUUUAAGGUAUUUUCUUUCAAAUAAUACAUACUUCUGUUUGUCAUUUUUAAAAGAUGACUAAACUUCAGAGCGUAUAUAUGUGUGUGUGUAUGUAUAUAUGUAUAUAUAUAUUAUUCGUGUGAGAGAUGGAAAAAUAAAGGCAAAAUAUAAAAAAAUAAAGAUUCUUCCUACAACUGAGUGCCUCCAUUUUAGCUGCAUUUUUAAACCAACCAAGUUCUGUCCUUUACACCUGGCAGUCAAUUUAGAGAAAGCAUACAGAGAAGAGUACAAAUUUACCAAAGCUUUUCUUUACCAGCUUCAUUUGCAAUGUUUUUGUAAAAAAAAUAUUUGAUAUGAAUUUAAAUGGAAAUAGCAUCUCAUGAGGAAAAAGGGGGGUUGGGAGGAGUUAACACAAUCUAUGGGUGGUUUCCAAUAUUUUAUUUAUGUAAUUGUUAGGUUUUUUUGUGUGUGUGUGUGUAAAUUAAAGUGUCUGUUCCCCUUUAAAUUGAUUGCUAAACCUCCACAGAGCUCAGGUCUUUUUACCUUUUAUGACAUGUGUGAAACAUUCACUUUGUGCAUUGUUGUCUUCAGUGGCUGUAAUUGGAUGGAUAUUAUGGACUGUAUACUACCUUGGCUUUCUAUACCCAAAUGAGCCUUUAAAAAUAAAAGUGUGUGUAAAAACUCUUUGAAUGGGUUAAGAAUAUCAUAAUUAUUCUGUCCAAAUGUGUUUAAAACCCUUGUGAUGAAGACUAUCAUAAUACAGAAGUAAUUAAAAUAUAAUUGAAAAUUUAUUUUAUGUGUAUAUUUAUUUUUAAACCUGCUUUAAAAUAAUUUAUAUUAUGAUACAUAUUACAUUUAACUACAGUAUACCUUUCAUUUAAUCGAACGUCACUACUGAACAAGUAAAUCCCAUAUUUUUGUAAAUAUUGCAGCAUAAUCAUGGGCCAGACGGGCAAGAGAUCAGAGAAGGGACCAGUGUGCUGGCGGAAACGAGUGAAAUCGGAGUACAUGCGUUUGAGACAGCUCAAGCGAUUCAGGAGAGCAGAUGAAGUAAAGGUACCGAAAGAUAAGAAACAUGUGAUGCAUGAAUACUAAAUGGAUUGCAACUAAUCUAAAACACUUUCAGGGCUGGUGUUUUCUUCUUGCCCAGCUUAAAAAUGGUCAUCUUAUACUGUUAAAGUUCUUGGUUCAGUGCAAUGAACCAGUGAAAAGCAGAAAAAAAAAAAAAACAAUCUUUAACAAAUACAAAAUUUGAGUACAGUCAUGCUUUGCUCUCUCUGACAUAUACAUUGCACCCAUACAGUUGAAUUUGUAUUAUAUCACUAAUCCUAGUACAUAGGGUACUGAUUAGCACAACAAAUGAGCUACAGUCCAAAUUUUAAUAAGAUAUAAAAAAUUAUAGGCUCAGGUCCCUGUUACACUUACGGUAUUGUAAUUCUUUUUAAAAUUGUUCACAUAGACUGAACUCAGUAAUGUUCCUAAAUGCAAUAACAGGUAAGGUGCUCUAUCACAGAUUUAUUUUCCAAAUUGACAUUCAUGUGUCUUAAAAAUGCUUUCACCCCUCCACCCAAAAUUAGUAUUUCAUAAAGAAAAAGAAAAAAUGAAAUACUCACGUUGACUGCGUUGAAAUUUCACUGAAAUUCCGACUCAGUCAAAAGAUAUACUAAGACAAAGUAAGGACUACUAGGAGUUGAAAAGAACAGUCAAGAAGACCAUGGCUGCGGCCACAAGCGACCGGUUCUGAUAAAUAAACCCCACUUUCCUCUGCACCUUGCUGCCAUGAAACUCCCAAUGGAGCAGUCACCAUCAGGGCUUUUUGCAGAAUAUGGAAAAACCUCAGACUGGGAGAGACAUUUUAAAGGGACACGCUAACAUUAGAAUACAAGUUAGGGUAUUGUGUUUUCUCCCUUGCUUCCUUUCAGCAUUAUGAACCCUAAUAUCCUUUUUUAGUCUUAAUUCUCUAUUUGUAUUGACAUGCGUAGUUCUUCACUGAAACAUGAUUUAUUGGGAAUUUUAAGUGAGUUUGAGAUCGUGUUUAAAAUGACAGUAUAGCGUUAGGAAUUCAAACCUGUAUUCCUAAUGCUAUUGUGCACCUGUUUCUAGUGAUAUGCAGGCACCUUCUUUGCAGUAUUCACAUUUUGGCAGUGCUGAGACUCACUUGUCGCUUCUCUCCUCUUACAAUGUUAUCAAGGAGGUAUGGCCUCCUCCGUCAUUGGUCCAAUCUAAUACUCUUUAUAGCGGAGUACUGGGGACCUGAGGCACAUGCACUGCACACUCCUGUGCUUUCCAAUAUAAAAACAUUGUGCUCAAUGAUCAUGUGACCCUGUUUUACUAGGUUAGUGCUGCAGAUGCGCCUCUAGUGGCUGUAAUGAAGACUGUCAGUAGAGGUGGAUUUAACCUUGCAAUGUUUUUUUUUUUGUUUUGUUUUUUAAACUGCAAAUUUAGAGGACCAUUGUACACAGACCACUUCAUUGAGAUGAAGUGGUCUGGGUGACUUUCGUGGUCCUUUAAGUAAACCAUGUAGUACAUUGGAUAUAGGUUUAUGUUGGCACAUUAGCACUAGUGUAAUAUUGGUACUAUAUCAUUUGCCAACAAAUGUUUUAUUUUGUUAUUUAUUAUUUUUAUUUCUGAAUAUCAAAAAUUGAUUUCCCAGCACUUUCAUUUAUAUCUAAACAUUUGUUUAUAUUUGCCAACAAUUGUGUAAAUAUUGUCCUAGACCAGCAGUUAUUUGAAUAACUAGAUGGCAAACUAAACUUCUUGCUCCGUCUUAAGGUUUAAGAUUAAUGAAAACAAAGACUUCAGAACAUAAUUAUUGCCAUUGCAAGUUUUUUUUCAAAUCCCUGUUUGUUUUUUGUUUUUUUGUAGAGCAUGUUCAACUCAAAUCGGCAAAAGAUUUUGGAACGAACGGAGAUUUUAAACCAAGAAUGGAAACAACGAAGGAUCCAACCUGUACACAUUAUGACUUCUGUAAGCUCUCUGCGAGGGACCCGUGAGGUUGGUCCUAAUUACUAAUCUAUUACAAGUAACAUGUUGCAUUCUGUACCACAAGUAUUCCAUUGGCUCUUAAUUCUUUUUGUAAUAUUAUGUCCAUGUCCACAAAAAUAUAAACAGAACCAUAAUACAAAUAAAAAAUGUGUAUAUGAAUAGAAACCACAAACAUCUAUUUCAUAUGAGAGCUUUUUUUUUUUUUUUUUGCUUACCAGACAAUCUGUGGCUUUUCUGUACUGCUAACAAAGAGGUUAAUUUUAUUUUUUUUCCCUGUUUGUAAGCUUUUCUCACUCUGUUCUGUGGUACAGUAAGAGUAGAAUUAUGUUCCUCUGAUACUUAUUUAACCCCGUUAUAAAAGUCACAUUAAAGGAACACUCUAGCUUUAGGAAUAUAAACAUGCAUUCAUAAAGAGUUUUCUACAAUCUUGUUAGGUUUGGGAUACAACUAAUAAAAACGUACCUUAUUUCCCCCGGCACACCAUUUUGCUCUGGCUGAUCCAUAGGGAAACAUUGGCAGUCUAUUUUGCAUGCUCUGAAUGCAUCUGUUAUGUCACAAGUAGAAUAGAUGUGGAACACAACUGCAGAUUAGAAAUUUCUUCUUUUUUUUUAUUUAACAGCUUUUAACUAAUGAUAGGAAAAAGUCCUUUAAGUAAGCACAAUUACUGUAGCUUUAAGGAUUCAGUGGAUACUGGAAGUAAUUAGAUGAAAGCAAUAGCAAUUGUAGCAGGAGAGAGUUAGCAAGCAGGUUAAAGUUCAUUAAUAAUGCAAUUCCAAGAAUUAUGAUUAAGUGUAUAUUUAGAGUAUGAUGGGAGUAGUCUUCCACAGGCAGGGUACAGUUGAAGUCAGGAAGGAGCAUAAACUUUUAACAGUCCGGUUCUUGAGGGUUGGAGAGAGCAGGAUAAUCCAAAUUCAGUCCGAGAUCAAAGGAGAGGAGAAGGCAGAGAAUCAGUUUUAACAAUCCAGGAGUUCGGUACACAAUUUUCAACGAAGAGGAACUUAGCCGGCAAUAUGAAUGCGGAAGUAACCUAACUCAAUCACUAAGCAAUUUUAAAACUGGCGCGGUUUCUCUAUAAGGGUGUGAGACAGCCCCGUCAGAGAAGGGGGCGGGGACUGUUCCGCAUACCCGGAAGUGUCAGAACGGAGCCGAAGAGGAUUUGACAGGUAAGUCCUGACAGCAUCUCUAUGUGGAGUGUUCAGCAUCUCCAUGCAGAGUGGGAGAUGCCAAAUGUCAGUGCUAAAAUAUUUGCUGGACUUGCAUGAAGCCCCUCCAGUAGCUGUCAGAGAACCACUAGAGGUGGUGUUUUUCAUCAGUGUAAACACAGCCUUUUUUUUUCAGAAACGUCACCAUUUACACUACUCAACCUGCAGGGACAGUCUUUAUCCAAGAUCCACUACAUUAAGCUGUAGUUUUUUUGGUGCCUAGAGUGUCACUUUUAAAGGGCUUUUUAGUUGCUGCCAUUUUAUAGAGACCUAUAUGUUUUAUUGUCUGCUCUUCUACAUAAUGUAUACUGCAUGUGUUUGUAUUGUUUUAUAAAAAUUAAAUCAAAUCUUUUAUAAGCUUCACUUAUUAGUACUUGGUGUGUGGUCUUUUUGAAGAGGUCAUGGUGGCUGGAGUCUGGAUGUGCAGUGUUUCAGCUUGAAACCCUGCACGUAAAGAGAAAUAUUUAAUUGUGUGCAGGGGCAGGAACUGUUCAAUGUCAAUUCUGUGCAUAAUAAAUGUCUGUCUGCAUGCACUGCACGCUGCCGACAGACCUAAGCGCUCCUCUUUUAAAACUCUUUGAGCAUUUAUUUUUGGGGUGAAAGAUGCCAAGAAGGCAUAAUUCUAUAUUGUGUUUGAGAAACCCUUUAAAGCAGGGGUGCCCAAAAGGUAGAUCCCCAGAUGUUAUAGAACUAAAACUCCCACAAUGUUUUGUAAACCUUUUUAGAAAGACAAAACAUCAUGGAAGUUGUAGUUUUAGAAUAUCUUGGGCUCUCCCUUCUGGGCACCGCUGCUUUAAUGGCUCUCAUUGUCAUGCAGCAAUAAUGUCCUAGACAUACAUGGCUUGUUUGAUUCUUUUUAACUAUGUAAUAUUACUCAAACUUCCUGGCUGCCUCUGGCCAAAAUUUCCUGGCAUGUUAUGUUCUAUUAAUACAAAGAAACUAGUCCUGCGCUCAAACUCCCAUUACUCCUGGGCGGCAGCAAUGACCAUAGUACACAUCAGCCAGAAUACAUAUGUAAAAACUAAAGGAAAAAAGUUACCUGCGCUCUUUCCACAUCCCUAUGUAUUUUUAAACAAAUGGAGGUUUUUAGUUACCUCCAAUGGCCAUGAAAGGGUAUUCCCACCUGCCACGUCAAAGCAGACCUCUUAGGUUGGUCCUAACUCUAACCAUUCGCCUUGAUUCCUUGAGCUUCUGGAAAAAAUAUCUGACAGAAAGGGGUAUUUUAUGUCAUGUUCUAUUAUGUGGAGUUUGAUUCCCUAAUAAUGUUUGAUAUCACACUAUAUAUGACUAUUAACACAAGACUUGACAAAGUUGGCCUGGAUCUAAGAAGACCUUUCAUUUAACCGUAUUUGCCAGAUGUAUGGAUUCAGUAUUGAAAGCACCUACCAAUAACACACUUUACAUUCAGUACCCAUACACACUGGCAUGGGGUAAUAGCUGCUGCAAAAGAACAGUGUUUUGUAUUAUACAUCUUUGUGCUGAUGUUUAAGCAUUACGUAAAUUAAUUUGUUCACAAUGAUAUUUAUGGCUUUGCUGCUUUCUUCUGGAGUCCUAGUGGCAUUAUGCUUUAUUAAAGGGACACGUAGGCACUGUAUCUGCUUCAUCUCAUUAAACUGGUUAUAGUGUCUGGAGUCCCCCGGUACCAUAAUUUCUUUCAGCAUUAAACAGUUUUUAAUGUUGUAAUGUUUUAAUGCUAAACAAGAGUCCACAGCAGUCUAUCCCCUCUGUGCUGCUUUGGCUAAUAAGGAAGUAUUACCCUGAGAGGCAAUGGGCAGCUGUGAUUGGCUGAGUGUGUCAGCUGACUGCUUUUAACCUGUCAGAGCUCCAACUGACGGUAUGAAUGGGUAUGACAACAAGGAAGUGUGUAAUCUCUGCCUUAGCUACACAUACAGAAGGGGCCGGACUGUGGGUGGCCAGGGACUCUUAUUUUGUGGCAUACUGCACAAACAUGGUGCAACACUGAAUGGAGGGACAGUGCCAGGCCACUCCAGGCACUAUAACCAAUUCAAAGAGACAAAGUGGUUAUAGUGACUACAGUGUCCCUUUAAUUGAAAACUGUAUUUGAAAACCAUGAAGUGCAGCUCAUUCAAAAUAUAAUUUUAAUGGGAAAAAAAACAAGUACUUAUACCAACUCGUUAAUCUAUGUUUUAACCCAUUUUUAUCUAAAAAAUGUCUGUUUGGAAAUUUGUCCCUUUACAUUACAUUUAAUAGUAAAACACUGGCUUACUCUUUUUUGUUUUGUCUCUGCCAUGCCUGUUUUUGAAUUUUUUAUUUUUUUUUAUUUAGUGUUCUGUGGCAAGUGAUUUUGAUUUCCCAAAGCAAGUUAUCCCCCUAAAAACACUCAACGCUGUAGCCUCUGUGCCAAUCAUGUAUUCGUGGUCUCCUCUGCAGCAGAAUUUUAUGGUAAGUUACUUCUUAGCAGCUUUAAAGAUUUAGUGUUUUUUUUUGGAUCUUGACAAAAAGGGGGACUCUGGCAACUCAUACAUUCCUUGUUAAAAGAAUGUCAGCUGGAGCCAGAAAAUAAGGGGUGCCUAAUUCCCAAUCCGUUGAGCACAAUGUGGUUAAAAAAAAUAAAUACUAAUAGUGCUUCAUCAACCCAGUGGUUUACUGGGGUAAACUAUCACUGUCCAUUUAAAAGGAGAGCCAGCAGUAGCCUAAAGGGACACUCCACACACUUUAGCAACCUCUGUUGUUUGGAUUCACCAUUGUACAAGGAGCUUUUCUGUCUCUUUUUGCCUUUUUUUUUUUUUCAGUUACUUUUAACUGUAGCAAUUUGGAAUGAAAUUGCUGCAGCUUAUAAACCCAACCAGCACCCUUAAAUAUAUGGUGGGGGAUUGGGACAGGUAGAAGCACUUGCAUGGCUUAUAAGUCUCCACUUUCUCUGGAAGGCCUGUUCAACGAUUUUGCUGUAAUUUUCAUGCAUUUAGCACGUGGGGGUAAAUAAAUAUCACUUUUGUGACUGUGCUGGAGAUGAAGUUCUCUGCCUAUUCCUUUUAUAUUUUUUAGGUGGAAGAUGAGACUGUGCUACAUAACAUUCCUUAUAUGGGAGAUGAAGUGUUAGACCAGGAUGGGACCUUUAUUGAAGAACUCAUUAAAAAUUAUGAUGGAAAAGUGCAUGGAGACAGAGGUGAGAACUAUGUAAUUUGCAGAACCCUUUAACAGCUUAAUUUAGAUACUUAGGGAUAUACGUACAGGCAGUCUUUGAUUUUUGCCAGGGAGUUUUACUUGUACUCAUUUGAGCUUCACUAGCAGUUCCUUUAUUUCAGUGGACUUGCGGUGUGGACUGCAGUUAAAAUUCCAUUGCUGUGGCAUUAUAUGUUGUAGUCCAGAGAUUGUGUGUUUUUUUUUUUUUUUUUCUGUUGCUAACUAGUGUAGCCGAGUGAUUUGAAAAAAUGUCAAUUGACACCAUGCUUGAAAUAUGUCUUCUUUUAAUAACGCUGUUUCACACGUGCUUAAUGUUUAAGUGUGAUUCACUUUAUUGAUUCAUACUGUCUUUCUGAAGUAUUACACCACGAUAUUGGGAUCAAUGUAUGCACAUAUGUUUGGGUCCUCUGUGAUUGCAUUCUUUGUAUUUCUAGAAUGUGGUUUCAUCAAUGAUGAGAUAUUUGUGGAGCUAGUGAAUGCACUGAGCCAGUAUAGUGAUUAUGAAGAUGACGAUGAUGGAGACGACACUCAAGACUAUGAAAAAGAUGACAAAUCUAAAGAGAAUGAUGAUGACGACAGCAUAGAUGGUAAAUUUGUACUACUUUUUUCUGGAUUUAGUAUGUCUUAUUGAUUUUCCAGCUUUCCAUUCCAUUCAAGGCUAACCAUUCUCCAUGCCAUUUACAGACAAAGUGACUAGUCUACCCAAGAAGUUUCCAUCUGAUAAGAUUUUUGAAGCAAUAUCCUCAAUGUUUCCAGACAAAGGCACAUCUGAAGAACUAAAAGAGAAGUAAGAUAUUGAAUAAUUAGUAAUUGUCACUUGUGAAUCCUAUGUAAAAUAUAGAAUAAACUUAUAUCAAAUACUGAACUUAAACUGUAUUCAUUCUGAACAGAUCCCGUCGAUGGCAUAAGUUCACCUGGAUUUUACAGGCAGAACUAAUAAAAUCUUUAAAUAUGGCUAUGAACUAUUUCUCUAUCUAAAUGGUGCUAGUGAUGGGUUUUUUUUUUGGGGGGGGGGGGGUUUGCAAUGUAUUGGCUUAUAAAUUACAGAUUAGAAAUGGACACGAUCUACUUUCAGGUUUGACUCAACCAUACUGUCUUAAUUGGCUGAACUGAAUAUUCAGGUCAAAAGUGGCCAGUUUUGUUGAGUAUUUGGUUCCAGGUUUCAGCUGUUGCUUUUGGACAGGCUGAAAUCUGAACUAAAUUCAGUCUAAUUUUGGAAGCUGUGAUGCAAACUCUGGACAACUGAUAAAUCCUAAGAACUAUGUCCAAAUUUCCUCUGAUGGUUCUAGAUUCAUUUUAAUAAUUGGGCCGGGGCAUUCAGGCUUUUAAUCUGAAUGGGAGAAUGGUGAUAUAAGUGUAUGGAGUUUCAUGCAUGCGGCUUACUUCUCAUAUAACUCUGGGUUUUUUAUUUCCAUGUCAGCUGUUCUAAAAUACCUGAAAUCUGGUUCAUGUUGAUUGAAGAACUGAUAGGAGAAUUUUCAUUUGCUUCCGUUAAUCGCCUACAGUUUAGCUUUUUUUUUUUAAAUGUAGUUUCUAUUUCUGAAUUAGAAAACUAAAAGCUUGUUCUUGUUUUCUGAAAUGAUCACAUAGAAUAUGCUCUGACACUUCUGUUUAUUUUUUCCCUUCCCUUUGUUUUGGGUGUACUUGCUUUAGUUUCCUUAAAGGGUUACUCCAACCCUCUGUCAGAUUCAGUUUUGAGGGUUAGAAUGCUUUAUUGGGCAUUGCCAAAAGGUCCCCCAACACACCCAAAAUAAAAGAUUUUAAUCUUACCUGUUACUCCCUCUUCCAUCUGAUGUCAGCAGAGGCCUUACACAGUCCAUGCAAAGGCCUGUCAUAGAGAAGCGUGACUGAACUUUUUUGCCAACUCUAAGCACCAGCGUGCAAUCUGAGUUAGGAAGAUGGAAGAUGGAAAAAUGGUGGAGGAAGGCAGAGGGAUGUGCACAAAGUGAGGAAGGGAAAUGCUCUCUUCCACCUGCAGGUGGAAAUUAAAUCUGUCUCAUGCAUGCUGAUGGAUGUUAAAUCUGCACAGAAUUGACAGACAACCCGGAACAGAGUUCCUGGCUGCCAAAAUCACAUGUGCUGGGGGUGUAACUCAAAUCAUUGAAGUGAUGAUGGUGCUUGGAGUAACCCUUUAAGUUUCUAUUUGGCAGUAGUAUGGUGUUAAUCUAAAUAUGCCCUCCUUAAUUUAGAUACAAAGAACUAACAGAGCAACAGCUUCCUGGAGCAUUGCCACCUGAGUGCACACCAAACAUAGAUGGACCGAAUGCAAAAUCUGUACAGAGAGAACAAAGUCUUCACUCAUUCCAUACCCUUUUCUGCAGACGAUGUUUCAAGUAUGACUGCUUUUUGCAUCGUAAGUACAGCUCCUUUUUCUAGUCUUUACAUAAUUGUACGCUAGUGUAACACUCCCUCUAGAAUCUUGGUUAACAACUCUUCUUACCCUAGCACUGUGCUGUAAAUUCCAGCAAUGGUACUGAAAUUAUGGCCCAGUUGGAUAAAAGCAGAGUAGAGACUAUUGACUAACCUAAAAUUGCAUGCCAUCAUUAUAUGCCAAUUCUGUUCUAAAGUUUGACAGAUCUUAUAACUUGUUUCUUACUUAGGGAGACCUAAUGUGUUGCUUUUAUAGAGCCAUAUUACGUAGUGUAAACUAACAAUUGACUUUUUUUUUCUUUUUCUUUCAAAACAGGUAUAGAAUAUAAUCUCACUCUGUGUGCACCAAUUAAAAACAAAUAUAACAGAAAUUUAAAUCAGCAUUUGGCUGCACACAAUUCUUCUUUUACCUAAUAUUUCACAUAGAAUUUUAAAAACAAAUUAAGUUUAGCACAUGCAUACAUACCACCACAUCAGAUUUUUUAUGUUUAUGCCAUAUAAGGUUUAAUUUUGCUUUGCUGUAAAAUUUGUACAUCAUAUAGAAUUAGGCAUGUGUAAGGGAUGUGCCCAAGGCACACCCUGAUUCGGGACCAAAUUGUCCUCACUGUCCUUUAUAUCUCCAUGGGUACUUUAGCUUGAGUUUGCUUUGGCAUGUUUUGUGUUUACAGAAAAUACAUUCUUUGUCUGUAUAUACAGUUAUCACUAGAGCAAAAUGUGUAUUUUGUACCAAAUUCUGAAUUGCUAAUUUUAAGUAAAGUUUAUUUUUAUUUUUUUAAAUCUGUCUGUACACCCAAAUGCAAUGCUGUGCACGCCUAUGCAUGUAGACGUUCAUUUAAGUAAUUGCAUUUUUAAAAGAUGUAUCGCCAUCUCUUUGAGAGAAGUUUGCUAAAGGAUUAUUCAAUGUGCACUUUAUCAUUUUGGAAUUCUGUAAUUUUUUUUUUUUUUGUAUGUUUGUGCUGCUUGUAGUGAGAGCGUUGAAAUUCAGUUUUGUUUUCUUUUCCUCCUUUUUUUUUUUUCUUCAUUUGGCUAUUGCUUGCUAACUGUGUUGCCCCAAUUUACACUGUAGAGAAUAAGUUGCCUUUUGUGUGGGUGGGCAGUCAUCUAAGAAUUCCUAAAGAAGCCAAUAAGAAAGACUCAAAAGGUUUGUAAGUUGGUUACAAAAUGUUUUGAUUUGGAGUUAAUUGUAAAUAACUGAGCAUCACACUCAAAUGACGGCACAAUUGCUUUUGUUUAAUUUUUAAAACAGCAUUCCAUGCAACUCCAAACACUUACAAAAGAAAAAAUAAUGAGGCUGCAAAUGACGGCAAACCAUGUGGAGCCAACUGUUACCAGCUUUUGGUAUGUGGAUUUUAUUCACUUUUUUAUGAUGAGACCAUACUGUUUUAUUUGAUAGGGUAAUGAAGGAGAUAUUAUGUAGAAUAAGUGUAUUAAAUUUAUCUCCAAGCAGUGUUCAUUUUGUCGACUAAAAUACAACUAAAACUAAAAUGGCAUUUUAGUCAUAAGAUUAUGACUAAAAGUAAAUUGAAAUCUGCUGCCAAACAAACACUGCACUGAGGGGCUGUGGAAGGGGCAAAAGAGACAGACCAGGGCUUAAAGGGACACUCCAGGCACCCAGACCACUUCUGCACAUUGGAGUGGUCUGGGUGCCAACUCCCACUACCCUUAGCCCUGCAACUGUAAUUAUUGCAGUUUUCAUAAACUGCAAUAAUUACAUUGCAGGGUUAACUCCUCCUCUAGUGGCUGUCUACUAGACCGGUCUUCCCCGUCGGAUGACAUGGGCGGGGGAGGAGCGUGAGCGGACCCAAAACCAGGGUGUCUCUGGUAAGUAACUGAAGUAACUUUCCACCCCUUCAGCAACAUGGGAUGGGUGGUGGGAGGGAGAGGGUACCUUCAGUGCCAGGAAAACAGAUUGUUUUCCUGGCACUGGAGUGUCCCUUUGAGAGAGACACGAGCGGGGCUGGUAGGACACAGACACAGAGGGGCUGGGGAAUGGGCAAAAGAGACAGAGGCUUUAAUCACAAUAGAUUGUUUGUGUGUGUGUGUAUAUGUUUAUGUUUUGAAGUAAACUGCAGCUGCACUUUUUGUGGUUCACUUAAGAGUUUUUUUUUUUUUGGGGGGGGGUCUAAUAUAACAUGGUCUUUAAGAAAAAAAACUGUUAGAUCUAGAGUCAAGUGUUGGUGAUAUUCAGAAUUGUUAAAAUCUAUUAAACUUCUUUCGAAAGUUGAAUGCUAAAUAUGUAGAAAUCGUCAAAGGGGAAAAAGUAAAAUGUGGUCUAGUGAUGAAUUUGAAUGUACAUAUUUAGGUACUGAUUAUUUUCUAUGCAAAGCACCCUGUAAUAUCUGCAGACUCCCAAGGUUAUUGCCAGCCAUUCAAAAAACAUGUGUAGUGUUAACCUCCUGUUCUACAGAUGGCUGAUACUGAUACAGGUAGGGUUUUUACUAAAGUGAGAACUGCUAGGAAUUCAGAUUGAAUACCACAAUUUAUCCCAAAAUAAGCUAGGUUAGAAAAAUUCUCCAGGUGAUGCUAUUUUGGCCUUAAAUUUUAAAUUGCUUUGAAUUCCUGGAAAUUCUCACUUAAGUAAAUAACGCUAAUAGUUCUUUAGUGAAGGGAGAAUUUCAGGCAAUUCAAAGUGAAUUUUAAAUUUCGGUCCAAGUAGCCUAACUGGAAGCACAGCUAAAUGGAAUCAUUUUUUUUCCAUUUCAGCUUUGGCCAUAAAUUGGAAAUUAAUUUUGAAUUGUUAUCACUUUUUUUUACUAAAAUACCCUCAUAGAGUGUUGAUGGUAUGAGAUCACACCCCUAGCCUAUAUACUGUAAGGUGGCAGAAAGUGUAUUCAGUGUAAAACCACAUGCACUGUAUCAAGAAAGCUACCCCUUUUUUGAUUUUUGUAACUAUUGCUUGCCUGAAAUAAACAAAUGUUAUGAUUGUGUGUUUAAUGCCACUUAUUUUCUAGAAUUUUAAAUAAAGUCGAAGUACAUACUACUCAAAAUAUAUUUUGAAUGUCCAUAUUCAUUGAUGAGAAAUAUUGUCCUAUUGCUGCUGUUCUAUCCAACAGUUGUAUCCAUUAGAUCACCAGCCAUGUGCAACUAAUGAACAGUUAUUUAAUCUUAUUUUAAAAAUAUAUAUAUAUACAUAUAUGUAUUCUAGAGAUGUUUGUGGCUUUUCAAGGGUGUUUGUUUCAUAGGGUUUGAAUUUUGCUAUAAAAUUUCAUGAAGUGGUUUUGGUUUUUGUAGGAAGGGGCAAGAGAGUUUGCUGCAGCUCUAACAGCAGAGAGAAUAAAGACCCCACCAAAGCGCCCUGGUGGUCGUAGAAGAGGUCGUCUUCCGAAUAACACUAGCAGACCAAGCACACCCACUGUUAAUGUGUCAGAAUCAAAGGACACAGACAGUGACAGAGAAGCUGGCACUGAAACCGGAGGAGAGAGCAAUGAUAAGGAAGAGGAGGAGAAGAAGGAUGAGACCUCCAGUUCUUCUGGUCAGUAGUAGUUACAAUAAAAGGCAUGAACUGUAAAAAUAAUUAUCAUGUACUCUGAAACUUGCAUAGAGUACAGACUCCCACCUGUUUUACAGUGAACACAUAACGUUAGAAUUUUAAAGUUCACCUUUUUGAGUGAAUGCAGAUUAAACCCUGCUCUACAACAGACCAAACCCCUUCUCAAAUUGAAGCACAAUGUACAGCUAGGUUUCUCCAGGUUUAAAAUACUGACAAAACUGCCAUCACAUUCUGUUUCUAUCGAAUGGAAUAGCCUUCCAGCUGAAGUGGUAGAGGUUAACCAUGAGAGAGUUUAAGCAUGUGUGGGAUAGGCAUAAGGCUAUCCUAGAUAUAAGAUAAGGCCAUUGGCUAAUGAAAGUAUUUAAAAAGGAAAAAAAUUGGGAAGGCUAGGUGAGCUUAUUGGUUCUGAUCUGCCAUCACAUUCUAUGUUUCUAUCCAUGUCAGAUGUAACAAAACACAAAUUCAUUAAACUUGACACAAAUAUAAAUUUAAAGGGCUACUUUAGGAAUACAAACAUUUUGCCAUUUAGGAGAUAAACCCCUUUGCAGCCCUAGCCACAUCACCACUUGCUGUGACUCCUGCAGCCUGCAUGAAAACAAGGUUUCAUUUUCAAUCAGAUGUUAAUUUGCUUUAGAAGUUUUUAUCUCUUGCUCUGUAAAUGUAAUUUUAAUUACAUGCAGGAAGCUCCUGCAUGGUCUAGAGGGCUAUAACAGAGCAGGCGAUAAGAAAUUCAUAAUGAAACAAUGUGCAAUGAAUUAAGUUUAAACAUUUAAACAGAGAGUGUGUCACAUGCAGUCAUUAAUUUUCCUUCAUUAAAGGAACACUCCAGGUAUCACAACAUCUUAAUUGAAAUGUAGAUUUGGUGCUAGGAGGUCCAUAGCACUGGCUCAUCUUUAGGGGUUAAACCGUAAGUCUGUGUAACUGCACCAAGCUCCAUGCAUCUCAGUCCUUCUCUUUUCUAUAAAUCUUUAAACCAGAAAGCUUUUGCAGAAUCUGGCAGCGGUGCCGCUGAUUGCCUGAGAGCAUUCUGCGAGAGUCUUGCAAUUUAAAGAUUGCGUAAACUGAAGGAGAGAGAAGCGGGGAGAUUGGACCCUGGAACAUGGUUACUCAAAAUCUUUAAACGGUUCUCAAACCCCUAUAAAUGAGCCAGCACCUGGGACCAUGACAACUUCAUUUUGAGUAUAGUUGUCUUGGUGCCUGUAGUGUCCCUUGUAAGUAACAUUUACAAUUGUGGCCUUUCAGACUCCUGUAAAUACUUUGGUACUUGUUUAGAAGCAGAAUUCUUAUUUUGAUCUUCAUAUUGGUAAUUUGUGCUACAAACUUUUUUUUACUCCACAAUAAGUGUUCUAUUGAAAAACCUUUCCAUUGUUAUUCCUGUAAUUUGGAACCUAACCACCUUCUUAGAAAGCUCUUGUACUAAGCAGUAUGCAUGCUACAGUUACCCACACCCUUUAUGAUCAGUAUUCCCCAAUUUUCCCACUAUUUUUCUUUAAAACAAUAGGGGUACAGAGUUCUUGUACAUGGUGCCACAAAGGAAGUGCCAUUCCAGAAUACACAAUCAAUUUUCGAAAAUCUGCAUAAGAUGUUUUUGUGGGCUUUUUUUGAGGGAGGGGGUUUUUUUUUCCUCCAUAAAAUCGGAUUCUUUUAUUUCUGCUACAGAGGCAAAUUCAAGAUGCCACACUCCAAUAAAGAUGAAGCCUAAUAUUGAGCCGCCUGAGAAUGUGGAAUGGAGUGGGGCAGAAGCGUCUAUGUUCAGAGUCCUUAUUGGAACUUACUAUGACAACUUCUGUGCAAUUGCAAGGCUUAUUGGCACCAAGACCUGUCGGCAGGUAAGUGUGUUGGCGUUCCCUUUAAAAAUGUCUUCUGAAUGAGCUAACAAGAAUCCAUUUACAGCAUGAUAGUCUUCUAUUGUCUUGAAUGACCGUAAAAUGAUGUAACCUUUUUUACGUCCAGAUAAAUUUACACAAAUCUUUUAGCAGAUUGACUUGUGCUUUUGAGCAAAAUAUUGAUAUGCUCAGUUUUUGUAGUUCACUUUCAGAAAUAAAUGUUAAUUUUAGCUUUUAUUUCACCAUAAAAAAGCGUGGAUAUGUUACACUUUUAGGAAAUAUGAGCAUGGUUCCCUUUAAAUAAUUGACUUGUUGUUGAGAUGAAUGCACACCCCAAACUUUUUUUUACUGUUUUGCGUACUUCAACACAGUCUGUGUGUGUGUUCUGUAUGAGACACAGCUGAGUGAUUGCAUAUUGUAUGCGAGAACAAAGCUCUUUAAAUGUCUUUGAAUCCUUAGACAUUGGUUUUUAUUGUGUUACCUUGUUUCCAUAAUGCCCAAAAUAUUAUUCUAAUUCAUCCACUGGAAAAACAAAUCCUCCAUAUUUUCUGCUGCAGGUAUAUGAGUUCAGAGUAAAGGAAUCUAGUAUUAUUGCACCCGUUCUUGCCGAGGAUGUGGACACGCCUCCACGAAAGAAGAAAAGAAAACACAGGUCUGGUUUUUUACCUUCUUAUGUUAUGGAAUAUGCAUUCAUCAAGAUGUAAUCCUAUGAUUGUCAGGCAUGCAAAGUGAAUUUUAAAUUUAAAGGGAUGCUCAAAUUUAAAGGCAUGAUCUAUAUACCAAAACUACUUUAUUAAGCUAAAAUUGGCAUUAUGCCUAGAUUUUCCCUCUUAGGGCCAAAAUGGCUGAAAUGGAAAAGCGAGUUAUGCUAAAAUUUGAAAUGCGCUUUGAAUUCCGAAUAAUUCUCAUUUUGGUAAAUAAUCCUUUAAAUUUAAGACUACAAUUUGACAAUAGGAAAGUUAAUUUUCAGCUACGGCAUUGGGUAGUUUGUUUUAAUUGCACUAUUUUUACACGAUACAAAUUACCUUUUAAAUUAAAUGUAUAGUUUUAAAAGUAUAAAGAAAUCUUGUUUUCCUACACAAUGUUUGUCAACUAAAGAUUACAUUAAUGUCUUCAUAGGUUAUGGGCUGCGCAUUGCAGAAAAAUCCAGCUGAAAAAAGGUGCGUUUCUACUGUUUUGGCUUUUCACUUUGCUUUUUUUAUGGUUGCUUUGAAUUUUGUGCAUCUAAGUGAUGGUGUACACAUGUACAUUUAUUUUUAGAACUACAAAGAGAAUAGGUUAAAUUCUAUCUGGAACAAAAUGUUCAAGGGGUAGGAUUAUGGCUCCUAUUGCACAUGUGGUACUAACCUUUUCAUUGUACUGCUGUGAAUAGAGAUCACACACUGAAUUAACACGGAGGGCUUUUUAAAACCAAAUAUUUGACCAAUAGGCAAGUUGUUGUUAAAAGAUCACAAUACCUUAAAGACAGUUACCUUUGAGUAAAUGGGACUGAGCACAUCUAUAAAAAAUUUUUAUAUAUAUAUUUUUUCUAAUUUUUUUUUUUUUUUUAAUUUUUAUUAUUUUUUUAAAAAGCUCCUAUUAUAUGUCCAGCUCUGGUUAUCAAUUUGUUUAUAUUUUGAGUUAAAGGAUUACUUUAGUCACCCAGACCACUUCAUCUCAAUGAGGUAGUCUGGGUGCAGUGGCCCUGUCAUUUUAACCCAGCAAUGUAAAACAUUGCAGCUUAAUCCACCUCUAGUUGCUGUCAUACUGACUAUUAUUUCAUAUGCUUCCACUGCACUGACUGAAUAGAAUUUCGGUUUCAUGACGCGGAAGCCCAUAGGAAAGAUUUGAAUUAAAUGCACAUAAGGUCCCCAUGCUUUUCUAUGAGGAGCAUUUGAUUGGACCAUGUUGGAGCAGGCAAUACCUCCUUGAAGAUGUAACAGUACCAGUGAAAAAUGCCAAAUGAGUCUUGUUGCUGGAAAAAGGCAAGUACACAUUUCUCAUUUUCUUAAUUUUUGUGGAAAAUGGUGGAUGGGAUUUUUAACUAGGGAUGGGAGCACUAUAGCAUUAGGAAUACAGGUCUGUGUUUGUAUUCCUAAUUCUCUAGUGUCCCUUUAAAAUGGGAUACAAAAUCAGUGGUGUACGGUUGGAGAGUGAUGAACAGGAAGUUAACUAGUCCGAUUUGACUUUGAAUUAUGUUUUCUUCUUUCUGCACAUUGAGUGUUUUUUUUUUUUUUUUUUUUUUUUUACUCAUAGCCCAUCAUUCAACAUUUUAUACAUCAAAAGCUAAUGCUGUACAGAUUACCUAAUUUUAGUGAGGAUUUUGAUUUUCUUAAUUUGGAGCUCACACUCCCCUAAACGUUAUCCUGCAAGUGCUUAUGCAGACUUCAGCAAAAGCUAUUAAAUGAUUAUUUACUCAUAGUGACUCAUUAUUCCACUAGCUCUUUUUAAUAUAAAAUGUCACAUGUAUUGGUAAAGUGCAUCCAAAUCUCUGCUAAAUCAAGAAACCUUCAUUGCAAAAUUCUAUAAUUGUCUGUCUGAGACUGCAAAUUUACAGUGACAUUUGCUGGACAUGCUUUGUGCCUAUUGUCAGUUUUUUUAAAGGCUGGCAGAGAAGGUAGAUCCUAGCUGUUAGCUGUAUUUUAGGGCUUAUGAUACAAGAAAAAAUAUUAUGGAGUGAACAUGUUUAUUAGCAUUUUUAAUCCUUUACUUGAGAGAACUUAAGCAGUACAGUCUUGUCCUAUAUAAUUGUUUUUAUGACCCUUUUCCCAUAUUCUAUAAUUUGCGAAAUUGUAUUCCAUUAAUAAUUGUAUUGAUGAAAUACAAUUGAUUUCUCCCACCAAUGUCAUAACUGUACAUUUUAUCUAAUGUAUAUUCCAGUAAGACCUCCAUUAUUUCUUUUAUCAGUUCUCUCACCUUUUAAAAACUUUUUUUUUCUUUUCCUUUUUUUCCUUUUUUUUUUUUCUCAUUUUCAGAUGGCUCCUCCAACCAUGUUUACAAUUACCAGCCAUGCGAUCACCCUCGCCAGCCUUGUGACAGCUCUUGUCCUUGUGUCAUUGCUCAGAACUUCUGUGAGAAGUUCUGUCAGUGCAGCUCUGAGUGUAAGUGUUAUGAAUUACAGAUUGGCAAGCGUUGAUCUAAUUGGCGAUCCUGUAAAAUUAAAGUUUAGAAUGUGGGUUAAGGAACACUUAAAAAUCAUAGCUCCUAAAAUACAAAAAACAGAACAAUGCAGAGCUGGACCAAUCCCAUGAGUAAUGUAGUUUGUAACCUUUUCUGCCAACACUUAACAUUUUUGUUUUUCUAUUGAUGUUUUUAUUUAUCCCAUCCUGACUUUUUUUGAAUUGCGUAUUAUUUUGUCUGUCCAUCUACUGGUAUGUGUUCAUAUAAGCAGAUAUAUUCUACUAAAUGUUUUUAAAGGUUGACUGUAAAUAGCCUCUCUUUUGCUUGGACUUUCAGUUUGUAUGUGAAACAUUCUUGAAGAGUCUGUGUGUGUGUGUAUAUAUACAUCUAUAUACACUUUAUGGUUUAAAGUAUGUCUACACCUGACAUGACCCCUAUAUUCACUUGUUGGACAUCCCAUUCCAAACCCAUGGGCAAUAAGAUGUAGUUGGAUUUCUCCUUGGCGGUGCAACAGGCACAGUUCUUCUGCGAAGGCUUUUCACAAGUUUUUGGAUUGUAUCUGAAGAUUUGUGCCCAUGCAGCCAGAAGAGCAUUUGUGAGGUCAGCCUCUGAUGUUAGACAAGAAUGUCUGCUUUAGAAUCUGCUUUCAAUUCAUCCCAAAAGUGUUUAGUGGAAUUAGUCAGGUCUCCCUCGAGUUCCUCAAGUCCAAACUUGGCAAACCAUGUCUUCUUUGACUCUAUUUUGUGCACAGGGGCACAGUCACACCUCUGGCACCAUAACAGCAUGUUUUGAGUGUUCCUGUAAAUAAUUAAGAUAGCAUGACAUUAGCAUAAGAUUUCUGCAUGCUAGCUACAAUAUAAUUCUUAAACACACAUUUGAUUUUUUUUUUUUUUCUCCCCAGAAAAUCGUGUGUGUGUUUGUAUAUAUAUAUAAACUUUCAAAAUAAUUUUAUGGAGCUAAAAAAAUAACUGCACAGUUGAGACAUGCAUCUAGUCUGUUUGUACUGUUAUUGUAUAUCCCAAAUAUUGUUUGAAAUCUCUGAUUCUAUUAUAUAACAUUAUGUUAAAAGCUGUUAAAUGCCACCAGAGCAUCAGUGCUUUACAAAAAGUUAGACAACACAUUUAAUCUAUUAUAGUUUGUGUGCUCAAAUUUUUCCAAGAAUGGACAGAUGUAAAUGUGUUUUACCAAACUUUGACUUCAUGCCUUCUUAAUCUACCAUUAUUUUGAAUUCUAAUUCCUAAAGGAUACAAUAUCUUGGUGAUCUAUUCACAAAUGCCAUGUAAUUGGAACUCUUAUUUGGAUGUGGCCCCUUUUAAGAAGCACACAGAUCCUGCAGCAGCAUUUGCUAUUUCUGCCUGCCAGUUAUGUUGGUCUGAUGUCUGCAAAACUGAGACACAGAGCAUUUAAGAACUCCUAUUAGUUAGGGGUAUUUAUAGUACUUGUAUAACCAUUCAUGUGAAUGAAUGGUAGGGACACUGCCACCCUAAAAUUACCGUGUGGUGAAGCUUGUGAAACUGACUGCAUCUACUUCCUCAUAGGUUUCACCUACAGCCAACAAGCUGGGAAGAAACUUCUGCUUGCUUGCAGUCUGCAGAUGAAUCCUCAAGGUUGCCUUUUUUCCUUAAAUAAGAUGGGGAGGAAUACCUGUAAAGUUCCAGUUUAAUUGCCUUUCUUCUGCCACUGUUGCUCCUAUUAUCACUCUUCAAGGGUUAAUACCUACUCCACAUUUGGGUUUAUGGUUUGGGUUUUACUUCUGUUUAUUUUGGAGCUCUGCUUGGAAAUUUGCCUGACCUGUUUAGAAGGUUUGGGAUGACCUCAAACCAUGAGGAAAUACCCCUGACUUUCCAGGUCUGUUAAGGAUGCGAUUGACCUGGAUAACAUAUAGCUUUUGGGGGGGAAAAACUUAUUGCUGAUAAAAAUGCUAGCUCACACCUAUUUUGCCUUCAUUUGACAAGGAGACUGCUACCUGCUUAGCUUUGACUAUACCACUUCCAAGAGUCUUACUCAUGUUCUGUCUUGGAGUACACUUUCGUUCUUUCUUCUUGUACAUGCUGCCCAGUCUUAAAGGGAUACUCCAGGCAACCAGACCACUUCUGCUUAUUGGAGUGGUCUGGGUGCCAACUCCCACUACCCUUAACCCUGCAACUGUAAAUAUUGCAGUUUUCAUAAACUGCAAUAUUUACAUUGCAGGGUUAACUCCUCCUCUAGUGGCUGUCUACAGCGUCGCUGGACGUCUUCAUGCUAUGUGAGGACAUCCAGUGUCGCUGAAAUCACCAUAGGAAAGCAUUGAAAGCAUCUUUCAAUGCUUUGCUAUGGGGAGGUCUAAUGCGCAUGCGCGGCAUUGCCGCCCAUGCGCAUAAGGUCUCCCCCGCCGGAUGAUGUGGUGGGACCCUGAACCAGCACCGAGGGACAUCGGCGCUGGAUAAAGUUAAGUCACUGAAGGGGUUUUAACCCCUUCAGCAACUUGGGAUGGGGGGUGGGAGGGAGAGGGGACCUGAAGUGCCAGGAAAACCAUGUUUUUUUUUUGUUGUUGUUUUUUUAUGUUCUUAAGUUUUCUCUCAGUAAUGAAACCCUGACUGUUUUGAAAACUGACUUGAAGGUAGAUUGGGUGGGUGGGGGGUGGUCUUGGGAAUGUACUUUGCCCCAUUGUCUUUGUCUAACCCGUUGACAGCAAUGCCAUUGUAAUUAAAUUUAUAGAGGCUGACCAUGUACUGUUGCUUUAGUCAUGCACGUUGGGUAAGUGUUAUGAAUUAUUGGCAAGCGUCGUCCCACUCCUGGAUGAAUCUCUUACAACCUGGCAGCUCAGGAUUCCCAAGAGCUUACUCGUGCAUUGCACGAGUGAUCAUUGCUGGAUUUUUGGACAAUUAAGCUGAUCAAGUUCAGCUCUGCUAACUCUGUUUCAAGCUCUGCCUAAUCUUUCAGGGGUAGAUUGUAUUUAGGUUCUGGGCCUUAUUGUGGCCCAUUAAAUUUGUCCCCCUUUCUAUAAUCCUGUUUUUGCCAAUAGUAUGGGAAUUCCAAGGAUCUAUUGCAGAUACUACAUAUGGAUCUGUUUGAGCGAGACUCCCUUAACUUGAGGAUUAAUCUGUGUCCCAGGGAUCUUCUUUCAGGAGAUCAUCGUGGCUAAUUGCCCAUAUGCUAGCGUGACCGGUUGUGUGCUGUCUGGGAGUUGCAAAGCUCUCUGCAGUUUUAGUUACCUUGGGCGGUGAGGUUUCCAUUCAAUGUCUCCCAGCAAAGUGUCAUCCAAAAGAUGCCUUAUGCCUGCUUUCAGUUGGACAGCAUCAUGGUGAUUGUCUAUGGCAACCAUCAAGGAAGGGCAUCGUGUUCUUCUGGGAGAUCUCAAAAGAUUUUCCUGGAGGUGGAAAUCCAGAAUUUUAUAGCGUUUGGGAGUUUGCAUUACUGGUACAGAUAUUUGGAAAGUGAACUGCUUUAGUCACUAGCUGUAUCAAACAGGGAAAUAGAUCUUCUCCUUGCUUAUUCAGUGGUGGGGUCUCCUUGAGAUAGACCUAAUGGCCUAUUCUUUGUAUUCUCCGCUCCAAAAAAAGAGCUGGACUCCGGGUGGGUCCUUAUAGAUGCAUGAGCUUGGGAACUAGUUUUUCUAUUUACUUUGGAUGGUAGCCAGUAUUUGUCAGGAAUAUGCCUCACUGCUCCUGAUGGCUGCUGAGGACCUAGUAUUUGACUCUGGAAAUAAUUUCCAUUGCCAAACUGUGGAUGUUUUUCUUCCCUGAAAUUGUUAGUCAUCCCCACCUUCAGAAUCUCUUUGACAUGAUCUAAGGUUAAGUGCUUGCUCCAGCUUUGCAAGACUGUUAUCUGUGAGUACCUUUUUAAAGGGUCAUAUUUUGUAUAUUUUGCUGCUCUUUGGUACAACCUGGUUUCGGUAUCCAGACAUUUAGCGCAGAAACCUAUUGAACCUGUGGUAUUAUGUGCCUCGUGCUGCAAUGCUACUUUUGAGCCUACUCCUAAACUGGAUUUGUAUUUGUUAUCCUGGCAAAUAGUGGUUCUUCUGGAAUAGUAGGAUUUCUGAACUUUUGACUCGUUGGCCCUCGUUUUCUUUUGUUUUUUCUUGGUUUUUCUUCUUAAGGAUUGCACAGUCCUAAUGACUGAAUAUUCAUUUUAUUUAUUUAAUUUUUUUCCAAAGGUGGUGUUCUUCACUUUUAUUGUUCCUGUUUGUGUCCAUAAGUAUUAUGUUGAGGCCAUUAGACACUUUAGUAAUUAUUCUACAUAGUUUAAUUUUACUGGUACCCGGUCAGUGUCAAAAGAAUAGAUGGAUGCUACCACAUUUUUGGCAGACGUCAAACUUUGGCAUGGUUAAGCUCUGGGUAUAUUAUGAAAUUGAGUCCAAAAUAACUUCUUCUCAUCCCCUGAAUUGUUUUGUUCCCUCAUGCUUUCUCUGCUGGGAAACAGAUUCUAUAAAAUAACAAAUUCACUCUGCAGUAAUGUUGUGUGUACUUAAAGUUAUGUGUGAUAAUUUGCUUUGAGUUAUUUGACCAAUUGACAUUAGUCAAGCUUUAUUUGAAAAACAGGUGUCCAUACAGAGAAUUAAACUUUUGACUUUGUGAAAUAUAAAAAGCAACACUUUUUUAUUUUUUUUAUUUAAAUUGUUGAUUUCAAUACAGUGCGCUCAUCUUCUUUACAGGCCAAAAUCGAUUCCCUGGAUGUCGCUGUAAAGCACAAUGCAACACUAAGCAGUGUCCUUGUUAUUUGGCUGUAAGAGAGUGUGAUCCAGACUUGUGUCUAACUUGUGGUGCUGCUGAUCACUGGGACAGCAAGAACGUAUCAUGCAAGAACUGCAGCAUUCAGCGUGGAUCUAAGAAGGUUGGUGAUACUUAGACAUGCACAUGUUUAGUCUUUGUAAUAGAACAUAAAAUUAUCAGAUAUGUGAUUUGUAUCUGUAUUCCCACCUCCAAAUGCAAUUUAUGCAAAUAGUUUUUUACAUUAAAAAAAUCAAUAGUUAGAUGCUUAAUUCCCAUUGUUAUGGAGUGCCUUUGUUUCAGAAAUGUUUAUAUAACAGUGGAAAAUAAUUUGCCAUUAAUAUUCUAAUGGGGGAAAAAACAUGUUACAAUUAUGGUGAUUGUGUGCCCCCAUCUUAAUAACUUUUGAUCUCACAGGCUGAUUUCAUCAAAAUUUGGCAAAUGGGCAGAAUGCUAGGUAAGGCCUGUCAAGUUUUUGAUAAUAGAUGCACGUGAAUGUGCGGUAUGGCUGCCUUGCCACUAAGAAUGGUGCAGAAGCGUGAGCCAGGCCAUUUCCAACUACAUUCUUUCUACAACAAUCAUGAGACAUGCAACCAUGUGAGAAAAGGCCUCAUUAAUUUGUUACUCUUCACUUUUAUUUUGUCGUUCAGAAAAGGGCGGUUAAUCCCAUUGAAUGCCUGCCUUUGAAGAAGUACAGUUUUUGUGAUUUGUUUUAUUUUAUUUUUGCGGCUUAUGCAUAUCAUGCUCACAAGUUCAAACAUUUGUCUUUUCCGAUUUGGCCAGUCUUCCAUUUUUAAACAGGGUGGAUUCUGUAAAGUGCAGUACCAUGUAAAAAUUCUACUGACCUCAGUGAGAGAACAUAUGGAUUUUAAUAUCUUUGGUUUUUCAGUUCUAGCAUUUAUUCUUGGCAUUGCACUUUAAGAAAUCUACCCAUUCUUCUUUCAAAAAUUGAUUACAAAUUCUGUUUUAACUUUCAUAGCAUUUACUACUGGCUCCUUCAGAUGUUGCUGGCUGGGGGAUCUUCAUCAAAGACCCUGUGCAGAAGAAUGAGUUUAUCUCAGAAUACUGUGGAGAGGUAAGGUGCAAAGGUUACAUUUAGUCCAUUAGUAAAAAUUUGUGUAACUUUUGCCUGAUGCAUUCAAUUUGACAAAUGUCAUUCCUUUCUGUAGCUCCCCAUUCAGUAAACGGAUUAUGAAAAAUACAUAUGUGUUUCUCAAGCUUUGUAAAUGGGGAGGUACUGAUUGGCUUAGUGCCAAUAUUGUAAGUGGUGGAAUGAUGGGGCAGAGCAAUUGAGCACUAGAUACUAGAAUUUAAAGGGACACUAUAGUCACCAGAACCAUUACACUGACGGCCACUGGAGGAACUUCCUGCUGCAGUAACUGAGUGAAAGUAUGUCAUGUGACUGCAGCUUCCAUAGGAAAGCAUUGAUUCAGUGUUUUCCUAUGGGGAAAUUUGAUACUCGUGUGGAGCUAACCCGCACAUAAGCAUCAGGUCCCCAGUACUAGGAGCAAUAGAUUGGACCAACUCUGUAUAAAGCAAUGCCUUAUCUGUGACGACGAGGGGAGAUAGGAAUACAGGUUUGUGCUUGAGUUUUCCUUUUAAAAAUUAGAAUUAUUUUAUUGGAAACAAUUUAAAAUUUUUUUUUUUUUUUUAACACUCAUGUAUGUAUUAUAUACAGCUCCUAAGCCAUAAAGGAAAUUUCAUGGGGUAACGAAUUCAAAGAUAACCGAUAAACCUCAUACUUUUAAGCUGAAAAUAAAAGCUGUGGCCAUUUCCUUGCAUAAAAUUUGUUGUUUUUUAAUGCACCAAAAAACUUACCGAAUAACAAAAUUUUAUUCUUAUAGCACACUGCUAUUUCUGCCUAUUUGAGUAUUCUCGGUUUAGUGGUGUCUCCACCUUGCUAAUCAAUCUUGUGUCAUGCUUAAACGAAGAACCAUGUGACCAUCUAUGCUGUCGUGCAUGUCUUUAACACCUGGUGACGGCAUAAAAUGUCACGUCAAAGCGCAAAAUCACGAGAGCUAAAAUAUAUGUAAAAGUGUAAUGAAUGUUUUCUAAAAAAAUUCUAAACUGUAUGUAAUGCUAACCUUAAAAUGGCAAGAUUCAUCACCUGAAUGUAAUUAAAAAGCUUUGAGUAAGAGUUGUACCUGUAUUGUCACCAAGAUGAUGAUUAGGAAACUACAAUUUUGCCUUGUAUACCAUAUUGUUGUCAAUACAAAAGCUAAAAGUACUGGAAGUCCAAGUCAUGAAAUGAAUAGUUUUUCUGAAUGCUUUUAUGUCACUUUCCUUCACAUUAUAAUGAAUGGAGAAGAGGUCUUUUGUAGUGUGAUAGACAAAAGCUAAAAUAUGGUGAUGAUUAAAAGACAAAUUUCUCCAUAGCAAGAUUUUCAAAUUAUAUUAUGUAAUUGUAUUUGUUUCAUUAUAAGAAGGGGGAAAAAAAGGGGAGGGGGGGGGACAGAUGAUUUUGGUACUCUAUUUAACUCUGGGUGGAAAUGUAUUCUCAAAGCAUUGAUUACCAAUAUCUGACGUAGAAGGAAAAAACCUAAAAGUAGAAGACAUUUGAAAUGCUAAAUCUGUAUAAUUUAAAACCAGUUAACAUUAAACAGUAUUCCCUUCUGAAUUAUUUCUAUAAUAAUCUUUAUCACUUUCACAGUAGUAAUAUGCCAUGCGAGUGUCUCGGUCACAGGUGUCCAGUGACCCUCUGUUUGUGUUAAACCCCUGAAACCUUUUGACACUGAAAUAGAGGACACUUUAAGGGAAGGUGAUGGCACCAUAACCACUACAGAGGGUUAUGGAACUGAGUGAUUCUUUUACAUAUAUCAAAAAUGAAAACUGAACAACAGGACGGGGUCUGGAAGGACCUAGAAUGCCCAAUUGUCAUGUCAUUAUAGUAACAUCCACCUCAAGUUCUCAUGUGCUAUCAUUUUGAUUCCCCUUUUUUUGAGGACACCAGUGACAUCUGUCAUGCUGUUCCUAUGAUCACUGCUAAUGAUAAAUACAGCUAAUGCAGGAAAACCAAAAAGGCAAAUUGUCAACCAUCCCAAAGAAAGACUGAACAUAAAGGGGCAUGGGUGUAUGUGUGUGUUUAAGAGAAUGCACGGCUCUCUCCUUCUAACACCAGUACAAUUACAUAAGCUUUACUCCUCUGCUGCACCAGUCUUGCCAUGGCUGUGACUGAUUCAAUGAAUCUUUAUGGGAGCAUUCAGUGAGACACAGAACAUCCAAGACAGAACUCAGGAAACUACUAUAGUGACAGCCGCUAUAUUUUGCCUUAGACAGCACUGCCUUUUCUCAGAGAAGUCCGUAUUUACACUGCUGUGGCUUAGGAGUUCUGGUGCUUAUAAUGUUUCUUUAGCUGAUGAGAAAAUUUAAUUGCAAACAAAUAUCUCUUGGCCAUUUUUCAUUAGGCUUGUUUGUUAAAAACAUUUUCUAAAGUAAAAAUAUGCAUGCAUUUAAUUGCAUCACAAUUCCUUACCAGGGAAGGUGGCAAAGGCAGACAGGGCCUUUGCUAGUCCUGCACAGUGUAGGUUUCAGUGCUCAGCUAUUUUGUCUGAAAAUAUUAAAAAUUCCCUGGUGAAUUUUCAACCAUUUCUUGUUAAGUAAAUAACUUUGUUAGUGGUUUGCCUUAUUUCUCAAACCAUAAAAUAAGCUUGUCAAUAUUUGCUAUAAUCACAAAAUAGUGCAGUAACUAGCAAAUAAAGACCCCAGAGACAUUCCUCCUUGAAAAGUCUUGUUACUUAAAGGAGAAAAAGAUUUGCAACUUAUCAGUUAUUAAGAGUAAAGAACCUGUCAUUCAAUACUAAAGAAAUUGUUUCUAAAUUGGAGACUCUAAAGCUCUAGUUAUUUUGAGGGGCUUGAAGUAUUCCUUUUAAUUAUCAAUUUUUGAAGCUAGAACAUAUAGCAUAUGUUUGUAUCAUUCACAAAGUAGCCUAGUGUGCAUUAAAGUACGGUCUACCAUAUCUAGAUUCUCCAUUACUUUCUUACUGAUGUAUCAAGCUGUAGUUAGAAAACCCAACAAGCCAUCUAUAUUUUUAUAUUUUAGAUCAUAUCUCAGGAUGAAGCAGAUCGGAGGGGAAAAGUGUAUGACAAAUAUAUGUGCAGCUUCCUCUUCAACUUGAACAAUGGUAAGUAUCUGGGAUACAUACAUUAAUAAAACUGCCAUGGCUUUUUAAGUGUUCUUUUAGUCAUGAUUUCUACUUACUGUGAUCAUCACAGUAUUAAGACAUAAUUGUAUUAUUUAUUUUAAAGCUGGACACCAUUCAGGCUGCAAAUUAAAGGAACAUUGUACUCCACUAUAAUAACUUCAUCUAAUUAAAGUUGUUAUAGUGCCUACAGUAGAUCCCCACCUUCUAAGUGCCUCCUAAACAUUUUAUUUUAAUUGUUCGACUUUGAAGCCCAGCUUCAAGCCAUUCUCCCAGUCCUUCUGGACAUGCAAGUUAGGACUAUUACUUCCUAGCUUUCAUACACUAGCAUACGUGAGUCCCGAGUGCAUGCUCAUUGCUAUCAUGGCAUGUUAUAGAUAUGUUGCCUGUAAUGAUUCACUGACAAGAGAAUCCUGGGAGGAUCUCAAUGAGCUUCUCCCAUGUGUUUGCACUCAUCAAUGCUCCUCAAGGAGGAACAUUGAAUUGGAUCCUCGUCUUUGAGCUGCCAGGUUGAUGUCACGCGUUGAGGAGCAGGCAGCAUCACUGAAGCAGACUCUGUGGUGGAGAACACUUUUUACUUAGGAUAUUCUUUAGGCCAACCACAUCAUAUGGAUGUUGGGUCAGUAUAGGGGGUAGAAGAUGAAAUCCUGUAAUAUCAGUGAAGUUGGUGUGAGCAAGAAUGGCUGUAUGUAGCUUGUAAUUCCAGAAGAUUACGUGUGAAUUUCCUACACAUUAGUAUUGAUUCUACAGAUAACUUUGAUAGGAAACAGAUUUUUUAAAAGGAUUCUCUUAGCACUGUAACCACCAGAGUACCAGUGUGGUUGUCAUGGCUCCAGGCGCUGGACUCACUCUUCAUAAUCUUUAGUUUCACACUUAUCUGGGUAUCUCUGCUGCUUGCAGUUCAGCCCCUCAUUGAUGCCACUAAAGCACAAGUUCAUACCUCAGCAUUAUUAGAAUCUAUUCUGUUUCUUUGGCUGAAAUUUACUGAGUGAGAAUGUGAGAUGAAAAUUCUCUGCCAAUGAAUUCUGUCCAUAGUUGCCCAGACAGACGGGUAGCUUUUACUUUAGCAAUAUCUUUAGAGGUGCUAAGCAGAGGGCUACUUGUUAACCCAGAUAAGUGUUAAGUCGUUUAAAAACAGCCUCCUGGCACUAUACCCUCUGCAGCAGGCAUUCAGGGCAAAAGAUUAAAAGAGCACUCUAAGCACCAUAAUCACUACAAAGUGAUAUUUCACAGCUAUUGCCGAUCACAAUAUUUCUAUUUGUAAAGCCAGAUUUAUUAGCAGAAGUGUAUUUAUUUUAUUUUUCUUUCUUCUAGACUUUGUAGUUGAUGCAACACGCAAAGGCAACAAAAUUCGUUUUGCAAACCAUUCUGUGAAUCCUAACUGCUAUGCAAAAGGUAAGAUGAUAUGUUGAUAGUUACUUGGUUUUGGCAGAGUGUAGUAUGUGUCUAUAUACAAAUAUUGGCAUUUCACCAUUUAUACAUCAAAUGUGCAGGCAGAUUGCCAAUUGGAAUGUUAUCACAAAAUACUACUUUUGCAUGUAGUGGUCUGUAUACCUUUUAAAUAUCGCAAAUGAUUGAAAAUGUGAUUAUUUUCCAAUUGAACCAUUGUAACCCACAUGAGUUCCAACACAUGCAGCAUCACAUAUACUAGAAAUGUACUGAAAUUGUAUAAUUUCACACAAUGUUUAGGCAAUGUGUUCUAAUGCUAUAUUAAGUGGGUUUUUCUUUUCUUUCAGUAAUGAUGGUUAAUGGGGAUCACAGAAUAGGGAUUUUUGCGAAGCGGGCCAUUCAGACAGGAGAAGAACUCUUCUUUGAUUACAGGUAUGUUCAUUUGGUUCCUAUCAUGUUAUAGCUUCACUGUUUCAUAAAGUGUGGACAGAGUUUCCGUUUAAAAAAAAAUGUUGAUUUCAGCUUUUCAAAAUGCUUCUGUCAUAAGUUUUCCCACGCAUUUGUAAUGCACAUAGUCUCUACUAUUUCCUAACAUCACUGAAGCGUGGUUUUAGAAAGGGUUUUUUAUUUUUUAUUUUUUUUCCUAUAGGGACAAAUCUUAAAUGGACCAUAGAAAUCCUAUCCUUUUUUAUUCAUUGUUCAGUUUUUGGUUGUGUGUGUUCUAUAGGUUUUGACCGUUCGAUAAAAAGCAAUUUUCAUUGUGUAUUUAUUUUAUUUUUUUUCUCCCCACAGAUACAGCCAGGCUGAUGCUCUGAAAUAUGUGGGAAUUGAGAGAGAAAUGGAAAUCCCCUGAUUCCAGCUACCUCCUCUAUAAAACCAUGCCUUAUCUACUUCAGGAAUUUCUAAUAAUGAUGACUGAAUUUUUAGAUACAAAGAAAAAUAAAAAUGCGAGUUGAAGUUCUGAAUAUACAAAGUACUGUAAAAGUAAUUUAUAGUAAUGAUAAAAACAGUUAUUCUUAUCUGCCGGUUGCAAAAUGUUUUGUACCGAUGAAUCUUUGGCAAUAAUGUAUUGUGAUACAUUUCCAACCUCAAAUAAAAUAUACUUGAACUUCUGUA